GAGUGAGGCUUCGGGAAGGAUGGUUGCAACAUGUGCUCGGUCAUGUGUGCUGUGAUCGAUAUGCUUACAUCGUCCUUUCAAGCCUCUGCCUGGAAGCUCCUCCUCGCUGCUCUGAUUGGCUUGAGCGGGGUUUGUGGCUGCAUCUGACAAUGUAACUUGAGGCGUUCAGUGGUUUAUAGUCCCUGUUUAAAAAGAAAUGCCCAAGUCUCUCCCUGCUUUGCUCUCUUUCUGUGAGGUAUGUUGAAGGAAUAUCUUUUUUUAACGCAGAAAGCUACUAUCCUGUGAAUUUAAAUGGCUGAGUCUGCCGUGUGCCUCCUGGUAGAGCUGUUGCACAAUGCAGCAUCCAGGACGGUUACACAGAUGCAUUAACUUACAUGUAAUUUCAAGGCACUUUGUCUUAAAUGUGAGUGCAAACACUGAGACGCCACUUACAGUCAUGUAUGAGCACUGUUACAUGCAGACUGUACAAAUACACUCUCUCCCCCACGCAGACACACCCAGCUCUGUUCCCCGUCACAUUUCAUUAAUAAUGCAUAUAUGCAGGGAUUUAAUGGCGACACUCUUACAUUCCCUUGUAGUUCUCUUAAAAAGAUAAACCCUCGCCCCAGGUGUCAGGGUUGUUUUAUAUCGAGCUGUGAUCAACUCAGAAAUUUGUAAAACGUUUCACAGGCAGUCCUGUCACAUUACUGAAAGUGUAAGUGCCACAGUUAGCUACAUGAGAGCCAUAUAGUCUCUGCUCCUCUCUCUUUUUGCUUCUCACACAUCCUCACUCUCAAUCUCUUCCUCCACCCACUCGAAAGCCCAAGCGUGUAAUCUCGUUGGUUUCGUACACAUGUGUUGAUGUCAUCAUUGUGAACAUGAAAUAUUUCCUCUGAGGUUCUUAAACAAGGCUUCAGGAGUGCAGUUUCUCUCUCAUUGUGUUUGUUUUGAUCCGCUCCUGCAUAUGUGCAAGGGCUUGAUGAUAAACGAGUCUAACAGUAGUUCAAAUUAGCCCGUCAAAAGGGGAACAAAGAACAAAACGUAUAAAAAGAGAGAAUGAUAUGAAGUAAUGCAGGCUGAUGCACAGAUUUAUUAUGGUCAAAGGCAGAUUGAGUAACACCCAGGAGAAAAAGGGUUUUCAUCCGCUGCAUCUCCGUCUAUUGGGAGUUUAUUCACACACGUGUGUUAUGACACAGAGCCUAAGGUUGCCAGUCAUUAGCAUAAGAAAGCUGUCAAGUCCGCAGCUGAACUAGAGAUGACCACGGAGGUGAACAGUGACCAGGGCUUCCUUGCUGUAGGUUGGAUUUUGGCUGCAUUGGUCUGAUGAAAAACAUGGAUUAGACUCAUAAUUAGUGGAUUAGGGUGGAGGGGAAUGCACUGACGGAUUACAGGCUAUGACUUCCUGACCUUUUUGUUGAGAAAAUAGACAACAGAGUGCUUUUAUCGUGCCUUGAAUUGUGAGGCACUACCUUUUCACCCUCAGCAGGCAGCAGUGGGGUUUAGAGGGGCUGCUGGCCCUUUAAGAGCAGCCAGUGAAGCGCUCAGUCCUGUUGGUGCUGCUGCUGAUGAUGGCAGCGCUGCGAGUUGAUUGGCUGGGGCUGUCAGGGCUGAGGUGCUAGAGGGAUGCUGCUAUGUAUCUCCCCCCACCCUUCCUGCUUCUCUCUCUAGCUCUCUCUCUCACUCUCUCUCUCCGCCUCUCUCGCUCGCUCUCUCUCUCUCCGCCUCUCUCUCUUGCUCGCUCGCAUCCCUCUGAAUAAUCCACAUCUAGGGCAAGCUGGCUGAGAGGCGAUCCAGAGCUCAGCUCCUCUCUGCAGGCUGAGAAAAAGAGACAGAGAGAAAAAAGACGAUUUUCAACGCAGAAGGAAAAGACGAGAGUUUUUCUCAGAGCCGGAAGAUACCACGAAUUAACAGAGGAAGAUUUUCAUCUGCGGAUAUCAUUUAUUUAUACAUAUUGUUUAUAUAUCUAUAUAUAUAUUUGUACACACGCAUAUAGAUAUUUAUAUACAUACAUAUAUUCCUGUACAUAUCUGUAUUUGUGCUCGUCUGUUUAUAUUAAUAUUUUUAUAUGUAUUUGUGUGUGUAAAUAUAUAUGAUAUAUAAACAAAAGAAUAUAUAUAUCUAUGAAUUUAUAUGCGUAUCACUGUGAACCAAGAGAAGCAAGAGGAAAUUUCUAUCACCGGGGCUGGUCUCUGAUUCUGUGGUAGUAUACAAUAUUUUCAAUAUUUCCUUUGAUCUUCUACAUCAAGAGGACAAAGACUACGUGCCCAUUUUGUAUUUUUGUUUUCCUGUUGCUGCUUCCCGUCCCCUCUCGAUCGUUUUUUUUUUUUCAACACCCGAGAGGAAUAAAAGACGGAGACUGACGGGAUUGGAGGAAAAAGGGAAGAAUCUGUAGAAAUUCCUGUGAUUAGUAUUAUUACCGUCUGCAUUAGUGCUUCGUGAGCCGAUCACAGCGUGCUGAGUGAGAUCUGAGGAGGCAGCAGAGACAGAGUGCCACGCCGCUCAGCUCAGCGUCAACCCAGCCAGCACAGCCAGCAUGCACAAACACCACCACUGCUGCAAGUGCCCAGAAUGUUAUGAGGUGACCCGUAUGGCUGCCCUGCGUAGGAUGGACGCCCCUUCAUAUGGAGGAGACUGGCAGGCCGAGCCCUAUGGAUACCCGCCUGGGUAUGGGGGAGGCCAAACCUUACCUCCUCCAGCCUCAGGGGGAGGUGGAAGCAUGGGAGGAGGAGGGGGCACUUUGGGGAGAAGUAAGGGCAAGAUUAUGUCUGGUGGGGGCCCUGGAGGCCCAAACCCAAAAGGCCAAUCCAAAGGUGGCCCCAAAGUAAAUGGCAACAACUCCAGCGGACAAGGUGGAUGGUGGCCCGAGUGCACCUGUACCAACCGGGAGUGGUACGACCAGGUAACUCAUCUUCCUCACUCUGUUCGAUAGCUUGGGCCUGUGGGAACUAGCAGGGGAGAGACUGGGAUCAGAUGAGCUGUAGUAAAACAGGCAGGAUCAUGUAUCAGCUGAAUCUUUCAUUUUAGGGAAGAGAAUACAUGUUUAGUAUUCACCUCGAGCCGCCCCGUGCACCAUUUGUAGACUGUGGUUCCUCUAUUGGACGCAGAGUAAGGAGAACAGAACAGGACUGAUCCAGUUCCUCUGCUCACACAUGGAAAUGAUCUUCAUGUUUGGGUUUGAUGCAGAUGACUAAUGCAUACGGAUUUAACACACCUUGUGUAAGUCAUCAAAGGCUUACACCGAUGCAGCGACCACAGGCCAAAAAAAAUGGUGCAAUUUCAUUCAUUGAAGCAGCUCUGCCAGACAGUUUUCAAUUAGUCAAAGUUAUCUAAUAAGCUAUUAUCACAGAGUAAGAAACUAGAUAUAUAGGAGAUAGAUUCACGAGCUCAACAAAUUGAGUCAUGAGCAGAAGAGAUGAUGAAACUAGCCUCUGAUGCCAGUUCUGAUCUCCCCCUGAUUGUUAACAUCUGGCCACUUUGCGCCAAAGAACCACAAUAUGAUGCAUGCUCUGUCAUUAAAAAUGGGAAAAUCAAGCAGUGAAAUGUGUCUGAAUGCUGCUUGUCAUACACGCUGAACAGUGUAAAUGAAACCACCUCUACACACCAGUUCCCUUUUCUCCCCAUUACCUUCCUUUAUUUAUAUGUAUUCAUAAAUUACAGUUGAUAAAAGGUCAGAACGGCUUCAGAGUCUUUAAUUAAGCUAGCUGCACGUAUGUGAGCACGAGAGUGAGCUGGAGUGGGGGAAGGGUAGCUUGGCGAGCAUGAGAUUCAAGGAAUGGUUCUGGAUGUGCAUGAGUAUGUGUCUAUGCAGUCUUGUAUUUGCGGCGAGUGUAGCCUCUGCGUUGUUUGUUGCUCCUCCGUUUGCAUCCGAUGGCGUUUUGUUUGAGAGAGGAAUUCAAGACAAGAGGAAGACGAAAGGUGAGGGGAGAAACACGGGGGUAAAAUGGAGGCUAAAAUUGCAGUGGCAGAGGGGAUGAAAACCCCCUGAGCUGAGCCCACAUAUGAGACACAACCUGGCUUAAACUAGCAGAUUACUACAGCCAGGAGGAGGUUUUAGCUUUGAGGAGGCAAUAAAAAGAUUGACACUUUCCCCUUGGUUGCAUUUAAAUCCAUUUGAAGCCUUAUUCCUUAUCAGCUGCGUGCAGACCAAUCAGGCUUAUUCCAUUUUUCACACAUUUGGAAGCUCACAGCAGAUGUGAUUAUGUAAGCAUUUAUUGCUUACAUGGAGAUUUGACUCUCCAUCAGUAUUACCCCCUAAUUUCCUACAGCUCAUUCCCAGCAUAUAUGUAACACAAAACCCAGAUAUGUUUUUAGACUUCAUAGUGAUUCACAUAGAGAUGCCGUGUGGAUGUAAAUGAGUACACCUUUGUGUAGCAUCACAUCUGAUCCCAUCCUUUUCAGAGAAUUCUAGCUUUCUCGCUGCACAUGCAAACUCUAGAGAAAUAUCCAUCCUGGCUUUCAUAGCGAUUGUCCAGGAGUAACUUCUCCAGGAUCUAAAGAGCUGGAAUCACAGAGAAUGAAUCAGCGAUGGAGGAUUUGGAGGGGGAAAAAAAGGCAGCAGUCAGUGGGGUGAAAAUGCUAAGGUUGAAAAAGAGAGAAAUAAGCCAAUAAAGACAGGCAGUGGGCCUGGAGAGGGGGAGGGGGUUAUGUAAGAGGAGGCAGUUGGUGGUGCUGUCAGAGAGAGAAAGUGAGCAAGGCCCUGACACCGUGGACAAGCAUCUGUCUCUCCAUCUCCUAAAAAAUCAUGUGAAAAGCCAGUGUGUGCUCCUCUUUUAUUCCUGUGCUGUAGCAUAGCAUAGCAUAGAGUCAGAAGCUCUCCUCAGUCAUUGUUGCUCAUCCUUGAGUGGGAGAUGUGAACGCCACCCCUCCCCCUUCUACCUAUACACAGCCAGAGAGCAGGGCAGAUAUCACACACGCCCAAACCCCCCUAUACACACACACACACACACACGCUCACAAACGUCUACUAUCUUAUAGCUUCCAUAACAACUCGUGCUUAGGAUUCUAGCGCGAUGAAAAGCAAUAACCUUGCACAGUCAUUCAGAAUGAUCAGAGUCGGCUUUUUAUAGCUGCAUCAUUGACAUUUUUAAAUGGCCUCUGUGUGUGUACGCCAUGAACGUUUCAUGUAUGUGUGAGGGAAUCAUUACACAUGAUGAUGCCAAAUUAAUUUCCUUUGCCUCUAUCAUCUAUUUACUGAACAAUUGUGUUACUCUUGUCAGUAGCUUGCUAGGAUAAUUGUGGAUGAGUGCAGUCGAGAUUGUAAAAACAUUCUUUAAAACAAGAGCGUUUGAUUUAAAUCUGAGAAAAGUAGAGACCUUCGUCUGCUGGGAGCUUCAGUCAGAAGCUCCCUCUUCUCCCUGCGGGCUCCAAUCUGUCUUUGUGUGUUCUCCAGCUCUGUGGCUAUGAAUAGCUUUAAAUAUUAAUUGGGUUUUACUUUAUUUAUUAGUAUCAAGAUUUGGCCCCAAAAUACUCUGCCAGACCCCUUGUUUAUCACAAGGGGUCUGGCAGAGGCCUGUAAAUGAAUGCACAGGCACAGUAGGCGUAUCAUGUCGAGUACUAACACACAGACACACACACACAGGUGAUUGUCACUUGAAAGCCUUCAGACCUUGAUCAGGAGAAUUUCUUUAUCUACGUGUGCAUGCGCGCGCUUGUGUGUGUGCGCCUUUCUUUGACAGUCACAUUGAUUUAUUGGUGUCACUGGUUUGUACAUCUGUCUGAUGAGAUUUUGUUUGUCAGAUUCGAUUUGUCAUUCCUGUAACAGCGGUAUUAAAGGAUGGGAUUUACAUGUGCUCCAUGUCCAAACAUCUUGAGUCGGACCCCCCUGCUGUGAUCUUGAAAGGCUCCGUCUCAGACCUGUUCUCCUCAGAUCCAGAGAGGUUUAUCUGUGCGCUUGUCUUGAAAAUUGAAAACAGGCAAGAUAUGUGACCUAAAUAAAAAUCUCACUCGGCGUAUCCAUACCAUUGACUGUAUAUUGAAAUGGACAGCCCGCCUCCAUCUUCUCCCAUUGUGAGAAGUAGAGCUCGAGUACUGCUUCAGUUGGCACUGACAUAAUGCGCUAGUGAGGCCAAGGCAUGCGCAGAAGAGAUCUGGUUAGUAGAGCCGUGUUAUGCUCCUACUGCUAACCAAAACAGACAUUUAACUUUCUGAUUGGAUGUUCAGUGACUUUGAGGUUAAUGUUGACGACGCUCUCUCUCUCACACUGUUUCCCCCUGUACUCUGCUGAUCCGGUACAGAACACUGCAGGAGCCCGCAGAGCUGCCAAUCAGUCGUCUUUUAAACGUCAAAUAACUUAACUUCUUUUCAAAUGAACACUUAAAUAAGCAUGAUAAAAAAAACGCCAACCGAUAACAACCUUCAAAAAGUAACAUAAAUAAAAGAUAACAUCACUGGAAACAGCUGAUAACGGUCUCCCUGGUGACUGCAGUGUGUCACCAGAUUAAGCUCUAAAAAUUACAGCCUUGCUCUGGGUGGCUGUUGUUCUGUCUAUCUUUGAUAAAGUUCAUGAUCCAUGUAUUUUGAUAUAUUUUGUGUGUUGGACAUGCCAAAGAUGGAUAUGAUUCCUUCAUUGGUUCUACAGGUCCAGUUUGCUGCCAAUAUAUUCAGUACAGUGACGUACAUAACGCUGACAGAAGUUGUUUUUAUGUGUUUAGUGUCAAAUCUCCCACUUUCAGUUGCACAUGUGGCCAUGAGUAAAGUGGAAAUAGAGCACACAAGUGGUAGAGUCAGUCAUCUCUCAAUCUGAAGGUCUGGGGUUCGAUCACAGGUCCUGCUGUCUUUAAAACACCCGUGGAGUGAAUGAGUGAAUGCGACAUAUAAUGAAAACAUGGUUUAAGGGGUCAGUUUAUUAUAUAAUCACAGUCCAUUCUUCAUGUAUAUUGCGAAUUAUUAGUAUCAAUAAAAAUAGUUUUUCAAAACCACCAUCAGCCUCUUAAACUGAAAUGUGGUGUUGGCCUUAAUGCCAGUUUAUAGACCAAUCUGUUACCAGCUUACAAUCGGUCCCACAAAAUUAUAUACUGGUUUUUAAGAUAAACUCGCAUGUGACAAUGUGAAACAUCAACAUUUUGGGGCUAUAAUGGAGUGCAAUGUUCAUCAAAGCGAUCCGAUAACAUGAAGCAGUGUUUUUCCACCUGUACGAUGUACAUUUGUGUCACUCUUUUAUAAGAAGGUGCUCCUUUUGGCCAUGUCCAUUAAAGUCAGAGCUAGCAUUAGGAAUUUAAAAACAAAAAGAAACUGAAACAUCUCCAUUUUAGACCUCGCUCGUGAGAGCUGUAGUCAAAGAGAAAUAAAAAUUGGAGGAAAGCUCAAAGAUGUACAGUAGUGUAUGUAUUGGCCAUAGCAAUAUGAUCUGAUAAUAUAUACUCAAUAGCAGUGUGCCAUCCUUCAUCAAAGCACUUUUCCUCCUCAGAAGACCGGGCAAACUUGACCUUAAGCAAAAAGGCCAUUAUCAAAGCUUUGUUUGUUGGGUGUUUCUUGUUAGCAGAGUUAAAAAAAAUCUGUUUACCUUCACAUUUCUGCUUGUUGCUCCUGUGUGGACUGCCAUUUAGUCAUACUUCUGUCAGGCCAGCAGUGUCGUUAUAAUGACUUGUGAAGUCACCUGGCACAUCAGGCCAAUAUUCCAGGUGCGGGAUCGCUGCUGGGCCUCUUUACCCCAGAUUUCUUUCUACGUUGUACAUUUUUGUGACUCUUUAUUAGAGCAGUGACUCUUCUUGAUGUUAAAUGUGACAGCUUUGGCCCUGUGCUCGUCCAGGACAUGACUCUCUUUCUGAAAGAAAUCCAAGACUGCAGGAUUUGACCUCCCAUGAAAGGUUAUUCCUCUUUCAGCACAUUUAUGCACUGGUUUGAACACUUAUUCAUACCACCUGUAUUGAUCCUCAGUGCCAGUUAAAGAGAUAUUCUGGGCGUGGAAUUAAUUUAGGGUCAAACACACCACAACACCAAGUUAGACACCCCCUUGAGAGAAGAAUGUUGCCGACCACUUGCUUCUCUAGUUAUACCAACUUUAGUAACGACCACACGUUAGGAAUACACAGUGGUCUGAGGAGCCAUAAACAAACCUCAACCAAAACGCCACUCUAUAGCCACAAAUAAUGCUCAGAAUAGCACCUAACUUCAUCAACAGUACAUAUAGGGUCCCAGCCACAGCACUAGCCACCAAACAUCUUUUUAACUUUGCCUAAUUUCUUAAGCAAAGAGACUAAACACAACUCACCCACUCUCUUCCAGCAGCGGCUUGUUUGUACGGAGACCUCGGGCCAGUCCAUUACGGACUGCAGCGGGAUGACACAGCUCAAGGAAGAACAUUUAUGGUCAUUUCUUCAUGGAAAUGCAAUCAGACUGAGACUCUACCGCGUCUGCAGUGGAAAAUGAUUAAUAUGGUGAUUAUUACUUCAAGGAAAUGAUAAAGUAAUGAUCAUAAAUGUUCUUCCUUGAGCUGCGUCACCCCGCAGCAGUCGCUGAUGGACUUGUCCAGGGUCUCUGUACAAACGAGCCGCUGCUGGAAGAGAGUAGGUGAGUUGUGUUUAGUCUCUUUGCUAAAGAAAUCAGGCAAAGCUAAAAAGAUGUGUGGUGGCUAGUACUGUGGCUGGGACUCUAUAUGUAAUGUUGAUGAAGUUAGGUGCUGUUCUGAGCAUUAUUUGUGGCUAUAGAGUGGCGUUUUGGUUGAGGUUUGUUUAUGGCUCCUCAGACCGCUGUGUAUCGCUAUCGUGGGGUUGUUGCUAAAGUUGGUAAAACUAGAGAAGCAAGGGGUCGGCAAUAUUCAUCUCUCGAGGGGGUAUCUGACUUGGUGUUAUGGUGUGUUUGACCCUAAAUUAAUUUUAUGCCGGAAUAUCCCUUUAAUAUGGUCUUUUGGUAAUAAUGGAAUAAAAUCAAACAUGUCUGCUCACAAAUUUUGACUGUAAAAUCAAAAUCAUGUGCAUCAUCUUGUAGCCCCAAAAUCUAUGAAAUAAUCGAGAACCGAAAGCAAUAAAAACAACUUUUUAAUCAUUUAGUCCCAUCCCACAUGUGAUGUCACACCAUUGCUGAUAUUAUAAUACCUCUGACAUCACUUUUAAGCUUAGGCAUCAGAUUACAUUUCAUCUUAAGACCUGCUCCCCCAUGCUGCCCCCCUUUCUCUCCCACACUGAACCCAACAAGCCUUUAAAGGAUUUUGAGUUAUUGCAUCUGCCUCCCUUAUUCAGAGCCACUAACUUACAUAAUCUCUGCUUUUCCCCAGCAGUGAAGUGUAAGUCACCAAGAAACCAACAGUAAACUGUCAACAGUACACAGGAGUCAUUCAUUCUUCAGAGGGAAAGACGAUAAUACAAACACUUUAGUCGUUCUAUAUAUAUCUCAAACAUACUUUUGUGCUCAAUCCUGUAGCGAGACAGUGUCACAGGUCUUUGCAAUUUCUUGUACUGUUCUUUCAAAGCGUUCAUGCCGAUAUAAAAUAUUUAACCACAGCAAGCACUGAUGGUAAUAACAUGAGCAGCUCUACAGAAGUUUUAUGAACUCGACUUGUUCCAGUGAGAGUGUAGAACAGCUGCAGUUGUCAGUAAGUAAGUGGAUUUUACUGAAAAAUGAGUUCCAAACCUUUAGUCUUGUGUGACCUGCAUUUCCUGGAAAGAUUAAGUCAGGCAGUGAGAUCCAGUUCAGUGUAGUUUCUCCAUAAUUUUCAAUUUGCUAGUAUGUUGGAGGCCUUGCACUAAGAGCCCAUAAUAUCAGCCAAUACUGUCAUAAUGGAAAUAGUGUCAAGAAGGCGUAAGAAUGUUAUAUCCAGAAAUUAUUGCACAGUUAUCCAUUGUGUCAUACCAGACUAUUAACUUGUUUUUAUGUUAAUAAAGCAAACGAGACAAAACAAUUAUGAAAUAAUUCUGUUGUGUCUUUAGUAAAAGGAGAGGAACAUACAUGACUUGGAGAUCUUGUAACAAAAUCCUGCAAAAACGAUCAUUCCUAUCUUGUGCACGCAAGAUUAUUAUCUUUACACACAUUGUUCACAGUUAUGAACAUGUGCACAUGAUCCUCAGUGGUUUGGGAGGCAGACAUUUUCUCAUGCCAUGUGUGAUGAAUGAGUCAGUAGCCUUCAUUUUGGCUUCAACAGGUCAUUCAUUCUGCGAACAUAAAAACAUGUCAGAUUUCUGGCAUCCACCUGUAGAGUAGUUAUAAAACGCACAAGUGCAGAAAACAAUAGUUUAGUUAGCUCUGGGAUAGUGUGAUCCGAGUUGCUGCAAGAUAAGUGCCUCAUAUGCACAAGAUGUAAAUGAUCAUCCUAUGGUUCUUCAGAAGCUCCUGUGAAACGCUUUCAAGACUGCGAAUUCGACUGCUUCAUACCAAAAUCGAGCCAUGUUUGGCACUAACAAAACACAUUUCUGGAAAAGUAUAUUUCAGGUUUUCAAACUGCUGAAUCAAGUCAUGAUUAAUUUGCCAACAUCUCAUACAAAAUCAAAAUUUGAUUUCUCCUUGCAAACUCCCACGUAAUAUCUUCCUUUCUGAGCUUACUUGUCUCUCUCCUACACAGAAACACACACUCACACACCUACACACAGUAGAAGUAGAAGCACACCCACAUGCCCGACACAGACCUUUACCCCCCUAACAAAGUGUUCCUUACCCAUGAAAAUUUGUGGCUAAAGAGCGGGUGGUGAUUCUUGGGAAAUGCACUAUAAAACACAGGGGACAAGUUACGUUGCAUUAUUUAUGUCCAUUUGACAGAAGUUUGCUUUUUAUUCGUUGUAACAGGGGGUAGGGACAGAGCGCCCGAGUAAAGGCCAGUCAGACGUUGACGUUAGCGUGGAGGUGGAAUUUGACAACAAGCCACCAUUAUGGGAGCUGAAGAUCUGGUGUGCUGUUCUGUAGCUGUGACCCAGGACCUGAGCUGCAAUGAAGCCCACCUCCUCCUACACAGCCUCCACUCAGCAGCUCUGUUGUUCUUUACCUUUAUGCAAUACGCUUUCAAACUGAAUCUGCUUUUAUCUGCACUGAUGUAAAGGUCCUCUGUGAAACAUACAGGAAUGUGUUUCAGAUUUAUUUCUAAUCAGGAGUGCGGCGUUAUGCAGUUUGGCCACAGCUUUGUGAUGCAUAUAGACAUAUUUACAGUGUACAGGUGCAGUGGCCCGUGUGUUGAGGUGUUUGUCCUGCUGGAAGCCGAGGCCACCGUGCCCCUGUGAUCCAUAUGGCCAUUGUCAGAGGCCCUGCCAGAGCUCAGCCCCAUAUCAGCUCUCCUGCUCCCUUCUCUCGCUCUCUCUGCCUGCCAAGGGAGGAGAGGAGAGAAGAAAAGAGAAGGGAGGGGAACGCUGUUUGUUUGUUUGCCUGCUUUGUUUUAUUUAGAGGUUUUUGCUGAUCACAGAAGCGACUGGCCUAGAAAUGUGUCUGUGCUGUGCAGGGCAGAGUGGACUCCUGAUUCAGCGAUGGAAGCGUCAGAUUUCCUGUUGCAAAGAGAAGCGAGGGACGUGAGGCAUUUAAUCGGACGAGACGGAAGCAUUAAAUGCUAAACCAUUGUAGCUGUCAAUUAAAAGAAUCAGAAGUCAGCGCUAAAAAAACUGUACGAGUACGUACAAAAGCUUGUUUUAACAAGAUUGUGCUGCCGUUUUCAGUGAGGUACACCAGCUCCAUCACCCACAUGCUGCUGUGGAAUAUGUGUCUAUCCAAUCAAUAUCAGAAGAGAGCUGGUCCCUAAGCCUUCUGACUCCUCUUCAUUUUUGUGGGGGUGUGUGGGUGCUUUCAACAGCGCUAGUGCUUUUAUUGCUUUUAUUCAACCAUCAUACCAGCUGUUAUUUUGGUAACACUUUACAAUAAGCUGGUCAUAAUACCGAAGAAAUGGGAGACGACACCUAAAUUGUAAAUACUGAUUACUUAAUAUAGGAUCUGAACAUUUUAAAAGCUAUUUUAACAAAAUAGUGACUGUUGUAAAUCCUCAUGCUGAUCAUAUUCUUAAGUUGUUAAGGUGGAAUUCCAAGAAUAAAAUCAGCAAAAACGCAGUCCCAACUACUUAUUUAGAUAUGAAACAUGCCUUUAUACAUUUUAACGUUAAAAUAUACAUUUAAACGUGUUUUUCAGAUCCCUGUUAAUACUAAAGAUAUUUAAAUUAGUACAGCUUUCAGCCGCUCUUUUCUGACAGAAAUACUGUUUUCAUUGACUAAUUAUUUCUGUUCUUAGUUUCUCCAAUGCUUUUAAGACACCAUCAAUGAAACCCAACACUUCCUGUUAAAAUGUUUCACAGUAAGAGACUUACCAACGCUCAAAAGCAGCAAUUAGUCCCAUUCAAGGUAGGCUUUUAAUUUGAAACAUCUGCAGGAAGUGUUGAGGUACAUCUACAGUGACUCACCCGUGUUUGAUAGAGUGUGAAUCGGAGUAAAUAUGGUUGGUAUUAAUCAUUUAGAUCAAAGAGCAGAGGUCAAAGCAGAGGUCUGGUAGUCAGUUACUAUGUAGUCAGCGCUGUAUUCACAUAUGUGACUCUGAAUUUACCUCACAGUCAGUCUGAGUAAAAGAAGUUUUACUCAUUGUCAGUGGUUUGUUUUAUGUUUAUAAACAUCUAUUUGAGAAAUUCAGAAAUUUAUUUGAGAAAUUAGAGGAUGAAUAAUUUUUUUUAGAUCUAUUCUGUCUUAUUAUUUGGUUGCACACAUAGACUGUAUACUAUGGACAACUUGGUUCUACCUUCCACCAGUAUACAGAUUUGAAGCCAGAAAGCUCUCUGUAAUUCCGCGUUUUCUAUCCAUUUCCUGAAACCAACAUUGCGCAGUAGCAUUGUGUGCAUUCGGCGGGAGAGUCGCCGAGAGACUCUGUGAUAAUGCUGAGCUGAAACAGCGUAUCCACUGAGUGAGCUAUGCAAUCUUCGUACGCCCAUAGGCUGGAUCAAGUGUCAAUCAUAGAAAACAUGAACCCCCUAAUAACUUUUAAAAAUGGAGCUGCACAGAAAAAAGAGGACUUCAACACGAACCAGUCUUACAGUAACUACAUGUCAACAUCACAAUGAGGGGAAGAACAUUUUAUAUUCUGUGUGAUAAAUUUCUAAAGUUUGUCCACAACUCCAUAAGCUUUGCUGGCGGAGGCGGGAUUUAUGACCUAUACUGCAGCCCGUCACCAGAGGGUGCUGUUCUCGGAGUGGCUUUACCCAGCGAGGAGGCAGACGCUGUUCAUUCUAUAUACAGUCUAUGGUUGCACAGCAGCACUGAAUGCUAUAGAUGAUGAACUAAUACUCACCUUAUUCACAUGGCAGCAGUUGUACCAAUAACCGGAUGUUAGCCGGCCAGGAGCUAGUUUGGCACAAGUACUUAGUCACGUGCAGUUUUUGGGCUGGGGACGACCUAAAGCAGCGAAUUUCCCAAAAAAUUUAAAUGCUUUUAACCAACAAGUCCAGAGGUAAGAAAAAACUCAAACAACAGUCAUAAUUCAGUUCAUGUCUGGCUGAGUGGUUAUAUGCUAGUUUUACCAGAUACAACUUAACCUUCUCUUUCUCAGUCAAAACACAGUGAAAUUGUGUCACACUACUAAUUUCUAUUAUUCAUCUGUGCAUAUUUACAUCUGACCAGUAAGGUAUGUACGCAUGUGGACUUAUUUCAGGAUUACAAAAAUACAAAUUUUAACAAUUCGUUUAAAGCUCCAAUGAGGAGUUUUUGAUGUUUGUGUAAAAGUCUGAAAAAUCAUACUGAUGCCUUUCAUGAUAUCCAAAAGCAAACAAGACCAACAGGGACAAAAGUAAUAAUUGUUUAUGCUUGAAACUGCGGUGAGGGGGUAGGUGUCAGCCAGGCAGCUGAAGAAACAGCCCUGAUUUUACAAUUUUCACAUGUAGUAGUAGAAAAUGUUGAAUAAUACUCUUACUGAGGGGCGAUAGACUGAUGUAGCAUGACCACAAGUGUGUGUCUAAGAUUUUGAUCAGCAGAUAUACGUACAUGCCUUUCUGUGGCAGGGGCUAACUUCCAUAUUUUUCUAGUAAAUCGUCAAGAAGAAAACAUUUACAUCUAUUUACAUGGAAGCAUCAAGCAUGAAUGCAUGUGUUUAUGUAUAUGUUUAUAUAUGUGUGUGUGUGUGUUUUUAUGAGGAGGACAUUUGGCGCAGCAGUGCAUUUCUUACCAUGUGUAGCUUCUUUGAGUGCCAUCUCUGUCUAAUGCAUUAUCCAAGCAGCCCUUCAGCCAUUUGGUCUGGUCUCUCAUUUGUGUGUGUGUGUGUGUGUGUGUGUGUGUGUGUGUGUGUGUGUGUGUGUGUGUGUGUGUGUGUGUGUGUGCGUGUGCGCGUGUGUGUGCUGUUUUUCAGUGCUCUUCAUUUCUAUCACCCCCCUCCUGUCUUCCACUGCUCUUCUCCUCCUCCGCUCGUUCCUUUUUCAUGCAUAGUAAGAAUCAAAGGCUUCAUUUUUUGGGUGUAGAGCUGAAUUCAGAGGGGAUGCUGCAGAGGAAACACAUUCAGACCCCGGCUUCAGUUUGAUCAGCAGAGUUUAAUAUGUGAUGCACACGCCGCGCUUUACAAAAACACCAUCAGUAUGUCUUUUUUCACUGGUUCUAGUCAAUCAACCUUAAAAAAGCACAUUAUAACGCAUUUAUGAAAUACUUUCCUCUGCUUCUCGACUUUUGUGUUCUUUACUAUCACCUUUUGUAACAAUGCCCCAUUUAUAUAUUAUUUAUUGGCCCAUAAAUGGUAUCUGUUGGAAUAUCAAACAUGUGCGAGCAAUCCCAGUUUUUCAGUAUUAGUUGAAACGCCAAACAUUUCUUGCUCUGAAGAAAUUCAAGUGCCAAUGGGUUUGAAAAAUCUUUGAAUUACUUAUUGAUGGUAUUUUUUUAUAUUUCCUGAAUAUGUUGGCACUAGCCUACCACGGGACAGUUGUGUUGAGUCUUUUCCAGGUUGUUGUUUGCUGCUGUUUGCAAGACUGUGAACAGACGGGCGGUUUGUGGUCGCUACCUCACUGAUGAAAUUCUUGGAUUAAUGCACACAACUACAUUUUUGACAACAGUUUUUACCUAAUAUCUAUCCCCAAAAUCAGUUAAAAUUAUUGCCGGCUAGUUCAUAAAGUGUUUUGUACGUGCACCACCAUGGUAUAUGAACAGUAUAGACACACAGUGCAUGAUGAUAGCAUAUGUUUGUCUCUCACAGGCUUCCUGUUUUCUCCCCGCUGAGCAAACAAGACAAGAGGACAGCAAAUAUUUUCCAGACAUAUGUCUGUUGUAUGAGCAGAGACCUGCAGAUGAACCCUCUGCUUAUCAUCAGUCAUUAUUUUCUAUUAGUGAAAAUUGACGCUAGCCACCCAGUGAGUUUGGACAGCAAAUAUUUUCCAGACAUAUGUCUGUUGUAUGAGCAGAGACCUGCAGAUGAACCCUCUGCUUAUUAUCAGUCAUUAUUUUCUAUUAGUGAAAAUUGACGCUAGCCACCCAGUGAGUUUGGAAAAACACAGGCACAUAUCUCAACCACAGAGAGAUACACAGGAAGCCUGCCCCCACCUUGGUUCGGAUACAAACAAGCAAUCCCAGUUUAAUAUCAAACGUCUAAUUACAGUUUUGAAGACAUCGCUGCUUUGAAAACGCUUUUGUGAAUUUAAAGCUUUUUCUUUCCCCACAUUUGUUUCUGCUCUUUUUGUCAAUCCAAAUUCUUCCUCAUUUAAAUACUUCCACCUGCGUAGAUAACAGUUUUACAUAAUACUACUUAAAGUAAAGCAGCGUGCAUGAUGUCACUCUAAAAAUCCAGCGGAGGUGUUGGAUUAUAGUUUUCUGCUGUCUUGUCAAAAGUUUGAUGGCUAUAGGCUGAGCUGCUAACGAAUCAAAUAAGCUAAAUGUAGCUGAAUUAAGAGUCAAAGGCCCAGCCCUUCUGGUGGGUCACACUCAGACUUAUUCUUGAAUAAAGUUUGUACGGUAGUCAACAAUUAUGUACUGUAGUGGAUAGAUUUCACAUCUAACCCUGGGGCAGCAAAUACUCUGUUUUUACCAAAUAUGUCAAACUUUUCCACUUAAUCCUGUUUUCACCAUCUUUCUUAAAGUACAUCAAACUGAACAUUGUUUGAUGCAUGACAAUGACUUUUUUGGCCAUUUUUGGUUAAGCGUGAAUUGUAAGCAUCUUUCCUGCUAAUGUUCUAUGGUGGUUAAAGAAAGUCCAAAGGACUUUCAAUCUCUAUUCUCUAUUCAACUCCCAAAAUUAUCCAAAGCAUUCAUUCAACAUGACAAUGUGGCUGCUAAAAGCUUGUAAGACCCUAAAUUUCUUGCAGUAAAGAAGAUGAACGUUUUUUUAGUCUUGAUCUUCACAGGUUGGACUGUUUGCACCAAUGCAUUGACAGAUAUCAGACCUACUGACAGACACUGGCCAUCUGCAAAUCAUGUGCUAUAAACUGAUGUCUGUAACCGAUGUGUAGCUGUUGUGUCUCCCCCAGUGGUGUUGGCAAAGUAGGAUAGCGAACUGUUUUUUCAGAGACGAUGAUUGUAUUGUCACCCUCGAAUCAAACUCUGAUUUUUUUUACCACUGUGAAAUGUGAAAGAGAAAGUUGGCAGUAUGAGGGUAUUUUACCCUCUCUCAGAAAGCUCAGAGCUACAUGUGAUUUGUAAGUGUAACUAAAAAUGCUCAUCUAGGAGCUGCAAUGGGAAAAUAACGGUGCACAGGCAAGGCUGGUGUUCAAAAUAUAGGUGUCAUCAUUCAUUUUACAACAUAUACAGUUAUAAAACAACAUAAUCUUUUCAGAUCAGUUUAACUUGUACCGCUCUCGUCAUCUGUAGAGGCUCAGUUACGUCAGUAUUCUUAAAUAAGAGGUUUGCACUCACCUUUUCCUCUUUCCAGCAAAUCUGCUGUAUGUAGACCCCAAAAACCCAAAUAACAUUGUACUCAGAUGACUCCCACUUCCCUCUAACUGCUGUGAAACAUUUUUUUGACAAACUAUCAUUCUGAUAUGGUGAUAUGGAAAUAUGGUGAUAUGGAAGUUGUAUGCUAUGAUUAGCUCUUUUAGACUAAAAAAGAAUAAUGUCUCCGUAUCAUAAACAGUGAUUUAAAACAUCCACGCCUACCUUCUGAAAAAGGACGUGAUGAGUUGCCUCAAAGCUGACGUUCAACAAGCUCAGACAUGUGAGGGAUGAACAAAGCAGACUGUAGUGUUUUUAUGUGCUUUGCAUACAGAAACUGGAAAUAAAUCAGGUUACAUAUUUGAAAUGCCAGUGACAUGGCUGCUUUAUGGAGGGGGCAGGUGUGAAUCCUGACUCUUAUGAAUCUCUACAAGAUGCUUUUUUAACCCAGAUUCUGCUCUGUCAGGUGAAGCCAGGCUGGAUAAGAAAACAGCAUAUCCCAUCACCACAUGGAGGAAGAGUAAAAGCCAGUUGACUCUGUGAAUGCAUUUCAACUCUUUGGUUUGACCUCUUUUGAAAUUUUGAAAACAGAAGCAGAGCCUGCUGAAGGGUACUCUGUGUACCUUCAUGAGACAUUUGAUGCAGUGAACUGUCUCAGCUGUGGGAGAAAAACUGGACUCAGUCAAUGUGUGAUCUGUGAUCAAUUCUGUGUCUUGCUGCAGCUGUUUGUAACCCUAUGUUUACAUUUCCAGUUUAAUAUUAUUGUUUUCAAAUUCAAAUGUACUCAUACCAACUAUACCAAACACAUGACAAACCCAUAGACUGUAUAUACUAUGGACAACUUGGUUCCGCCCUCCACCAGUAUACUGAUUUGAAGCUGAAAAGCUGUCAGUAUUUCCACAUUAAACCAGCAUUGCACAGUAGCAUUGUAUGCAUUCGGCAGGAGAGUUGUCGAGAGUCGCUGUAAAGACGCUUGGCUUAAACGGUGUAUCCCUGGGUGAGCUACACAAUCUUCGUACGCCCAUAGGCUGUAUCAGGUGUCAGUCAUAGAAAACUUGAACCCCCUAAUAACUUUUAAAAAUGGAGCUGUACAGAAAAAAGAGGACUUGAGCACAAACCAGUCUUACAGUAACUACAUGUCAACAUCACAACCAAGGGUGAGAAAAAUGUAUAUUCUGUGUAAUUAAUUCCUAAAGUUUGUCCACGACUCCAUAGGGAUUGCUGGAGGAGGCGGGAUUUAUGAUCUAUACUGCAGCCCAUCACCAGAGGGUGCUGUUCUCGGGGUGGCUUGACCCAGCGAGUAGGCAGGUUAAAAAAAAUACAUUUUUUAGACUCUAGUCUGUUAAAAAGAGGAAUGAACUCAGUGCUACCACAUGUUAUAAAUACAAUAUGUUUAUCAGCUGGGACACAGAAACAGUUCAUGCAGAAACAUAAGCGUUGUUAUUUUUCAACCCAACAUUCUGACUCAAUUCAUGAAAUCCUAAUUCAACUUUAUUGAUAUUCCAUCUUGGCUGUCGACAUAAUUGUGAAUUAACGCGAUGAGCUGUUUACCUUGAGACUGAAGACCCGCCUCAACUCUACAUUUUUGUGUGUUUCAAAAUGCGGAUCUAAAGUCAUGUUGAGUCAGCAUUUACAGUAUAACAACCACCAUCAUUAGGCUUUGAACCUCAGCCUCAACCUCAGACGUGACUGAGACUAUAUUCAUGCUUUAGACAGUGUAAUCUGGAGCAGUUUGCUGCAGUUUAAUGUAAUAAAUCUAUUAUCCUGUCUUUAACCAGCUGUGUAUGAUUCCGAACUAUAAUCACCAAGAUGUAUUGUGAAAGGGUUGUAAAAGGAAUAAUGUGUGUCUUUGUUUUUAAAAACUGGGAUUUCUACUCAGUGUUGGUGAGAGUUAUAUACCCAGUUAUAUUUUUAGAUUAGCAGACAGUUAACUUAGUUUAGCUUUGCAUAAAGAGUGGAAGCAGUAAUACAGCCAGCCUUGUUCUUCCUAGAAGUAAAAAAUCCACCUGCCAGCACUACUAAAGCUCACAACUUAGCGCUCAUAUACAGUGUGUUAAGCCUGUUUAAUCUGUUAACCCUGUUUGCCGUGUUAAAGCUAGUUAAUCUCAUACAUCUAGCUUUAGAUUCAGUGUACAGACAUGACCACGGUAUCAAUCUUGACAUCUGACUCUUAGGAUGAAAGCCAACAAGAGCACCCCUGAAAAGACGUACAGAUACGCAGAAUGUCUUGAUCAGCUUCGGUACAUAUGAUACAUCCAGUAUUUUGCUAUAUUUCUGAAAAAAGACAACACAUACGUCUUACAGCCAUGUAUUGAUUACCAAAUUAUGCACAAUUCUCAAUCCUAUCUUUAGACUAUCAAGGAGAAUCAGCAACGCCGAGCCCUCCCUGAACGUGAACCAGCAAGUGUCUUUUCAGCUGUCAGUUUGGGCUGUGAUGAUGCAAGAGUGGAGGGGAGGAGGGAGGGGGAUUAAAGAGAGGAGACCGGCAGAGAGAGAGCAACGGGAAAGGGGGAGAAGAGGUGAAUAAAUGAGAGGUGUGGCGUACAAAAAAGAGAUGAGAGGUAUAGAAGGCAGUAAGGAACAGGAAGGAGAAGAAAAAGAGAAAGGGGGAGAAGAAGAAGAAGAAGAAGGGAGGGCUGAUCAGAGCAUGUGCUCACACACUGCUCUGUGUGUUGCCAUGGUGCAGGCUCAGUCAGAGCUGCACAGUAGCUUUGCUGCUCAGCUAGCUAAUUACCCACAGACUGCAAUGUUGAUACGCAGGCAGCCAAAGCCUUCUGGAUUUCCCACAGCCUUUUUUUUUUAAUGCUGCGCUGACACACGGGUACAAGUCGAGGAAUCAUUUAUGAAUCAUUCAUGUUUGUAUGCAGAAUAUCCAAACUGAUAAAAAAUAUAUGCAUAAAUGUGCCGUUAGUGUGUAGAUGGCUGUGCUGUUGCACACUGUCGUGGUGCUCAGCCGUGUCAGCCAUGCCACUUGUGUAACAUAAAGAGAGAGCAACAUUGUCCGCAGACUGCCGCCACUCUCUGACAGGCAGCAGAUCCUGAUCAGCCUGCUUACAAAACCCAAUAUGGGCCAUUGUGGAUUAAUAUUCACCAUUAAAAUUUCCAAUUAUGUAAUCAGCCAAAUCCAAGCUCUGCAUAUGCUCACUAGAAUUUCUCAGCAGGCAGGGAUGCAGGAGAGGAGGGAGGAGGGGAGGGGGUCUGAAUGGGAGGAAUGAUGCAACAUCAGUCCAUGAAUUUCAGAACAUUUUUUAGGUUGUGGUUAAACUCAGAUCUAAAGAGGUUGGAGAAACAAGGCAUAGCAAACAUACUAGUGUCAUGUCCAGCUUUAACAGACUGAAAAACAACAAAAUGCUGGAGUCUUAAGCUUGAUGUGAGCCGGGUCAUGAGGACAUCCAAAUAACUUCUUUUUGUUUGUUGUGCACGGACACAAACAUGGUCAAAGGCUAAUUUCUUGUUAGCAAAGUUUAAGUGCAUGGUUAGAUGAUGAACAGGACAAAUUGCCCUGAAAUCCAAAUUUGUGAUUAUAAUCUGUGAAAUGUUGUAAAUGUUAUCGAGGAGCUGCUCUGCAGACAAAAAUCCUAUGUGGUGAAUCACAAAAGUCAAAUCUACAGUGACAGCAAAGUAGAGUUUAAUUAGUUUUAUUUCAAAUGUAAAAUAAAUAUCUAAUAGCUUCUGUAUUUCCUGAAGGAUUAAUCAUGACCAAGUACUUCACAACAAAACCAGCUGAUUUUUAAUGAUUUACAAUUUUCAUAGAUUAGUUGAUGUAAAAUAUUACAAUUUUAGUUUUAGGUGCAAAACUACAAAUAUUUACCAUCUCCAGCUACUUGUUAGUGCACAUGAUCUGUUUUUAUAGUCCUCCAUCAUACAAAUGAGUUUGCAUUUCCACAGUUUUUGUUGCUAUAAUUGAAGAAUUUGGGCCUUAUGAUUAGGGAAGCAGAUUAACAAACAGCAAAUAUCAACCAGUCAGGAAGAGAACAAAAAUAGAAACCGACUUUGAAAUGGAUUUUUAGCUGCAGCUCCUUCAUUUCAUUUAAACCAAGAAACUAAAAACAUACUCUUGAUAAUGAUAAGACCAAAAAAGAGCAGCCAGUUUGGACCAACCUGUUCUUAAUAGAUCGCUGAGUUAUCUUGGUGUUGUAAUAUUGUGUCUCAGUGGCUGGAGUCUUCAUUUUCUGUCCAACUGAACGUGUUUGACAGCCAGCUGCUUCCUGUGCUUCAUCACAGAAACCUUUGUUGAAAGCCUACCGGUCUUAAAGCUUGGAGUGUUUUCUGAUCGGUGUUUGUGUCGUCCUGUAAUAAGGCAUCUGCUCUAAUCUCAGCUGAGACGUGUUCUUCCAGUCACUGUGUGUCGUGCCUGAACACUACCCGAGGUGGGCAGAGAAGAAGGGCAAAUCUGGACCCUCGACAGGGGGCAGAUUGAUUUGGCAAUCACCAAAGUGCUACAAACGUUUCAAACAAUGCCCUGUUUUUUUUUCCCCUCUGCUGUUUGGCGCUAAAUCUACCAGCAUAUGGAUAAAUGUGCUCAUGUAUUCGUAACUAUCACAGGGGAACUAGAGCUCUCUUUUUGUUGCCUCACCAGUUGUCCUACUUACUGUAAUUCUUUAUCACUUUCAACACCUACACUUAUUGUGAGCCAAAACUCAGCACGGGUAGUGAAUGGAGAUAUGUGAAGAUGUGGGCGUUCCUCGCGUGGAGCUUAUAAAACAGCAUGAAACCUUUACCAUGACAGGAGGAUCUCUGCAGCUGUAUGUACAGACCUGCUGAGCUCCCUGGGGAGGUCUGGACCAAUAGUUUCAUUGGGCUUUGGGUCAAAGUCAACCUUGUUAUUUUCACUGGAGUAUUUUUACAGUGGGACUCCGAGCGCUCUGUAUUCUCUGUCUGUGGUUUUAUCGCUGUCUCAUGAUUUUGAUUUGUGAACCAGCACAAGCUGAGGAACCAUUUAAAAUUUAUUCAGAAUCAGAUACUUUUGAAUAUCAUCACUCACUUGUGAUUAAAGGCGUAUAAAAUGUUUCACUCUGUGAAUGGACGUGAUAUGAGAGAAGAAGUCCUGUUUGUGUUUUUUGGCUAUAAAAUUCCUCAGAUGGGUUUUAAGGAUUUUCGGAGGCUCGGGGUAGAUUGUUUGUUGCAUCACGAGGUUCAUGAAGCAGAAUCACAGUCCAAUGUUCCUAAUUAAAAGAAAUAAGUCUAAAAUAGAAAGAGUCUAAUUGCAGCUCUGAAGAUUGAGUUCAGGGGGGUUGCUCAGGAGAGGAAUGAGGAAGAUGAAGUGACACGAGUGAAUCAGACCAGAGAGCUUUCACCAACAGUACUGUGGACUACCAAGUGUGAGCCUGGAAGUGAACGGUCUCAGAUUGUUAGGUUUUAUGUGGCUUCCUUGAGCUUCGGGAAGAUACUCUUUUUGUCAAUAAGGAGUAUGAGAAGACAAAUGGAGGCAGACUGAUGCACUUAAAAAUCAUUUGAAAGGAAUAGAUUAAAACUUUGGGGAACUCUUUCAGUCUUACUCUCCUGUUUCUGUUCAGUAGAUCUGCGGCUACCUUUGGAGUCAUUUUACUAACUCAUCACUUUACUGACUUUGAUGUCAAGCCCUCUAUCUAAUCCUGAAGGAAAUAAUCACAACUUCUUAGAGUUAAUUCUGGUUUCUGAUUGGACCUCUUAGGGUCAGCCGCGCCUGCUUGUGAUUCGUCAACAAACCGUACCAAAGAUGGCAGCCUUUCAUUAGCUAAGUCAGCUAACUACAGAAACCACACUACAUUACUAAGACGAAUGUUUAAAUUCUCACAGAUGACCUUUGUUUUUCAGGGAUUGGAUCCAGACAGUGUCUGUAAACACACUGAGCUUCUGUGUGAGGUUGAAAAGUCACUGGAUGUCACAGGAACACGCAGAGUUUAUUACCUGAAAGCUGUUGGUCUGACAAAGCCAGUAGGGCUGAACCAUUUUGGAAAAUAAACUUUGCAAAUUUUUGCCUCAAUAGUGCGAUUACGAUUUAUUAUGCUUUUAUUUUAUUGAAGUCCUCUUCUAAUGUAUUUUUCAGGAAAAACAAACAAUAAAUCUAUCUGGAUUAUAAUAAACAAUAUCAGAUUAAUUAUACAUAAACUGUUCUUUCUGGCAAUUAUCAUUUCACACACACAGGCUCUAUCUGCUCACACACUUCCACGCACACGCAUGCAGGCACUAUCAUAUAUGUCAUGAUACAAAUCUACGUACCGAUGGCGAGUUGUAAUCGGUGCCCAAAACACUGGAGUUGGGUCUGUUCAUUCAGCUGUGCUGCCUUCACCGUAUUGGACGUGUUUUCCAUCCUUAUGGAGAUGUGGUUUGAAGUUGAAGCGCUGGUUGCUGGUGUUUUAGCCAUUCAACAAUCGUACAUAGCUUUGUUGCGUAUUUUUAAGUGUUGAUAAAGGUUUGUAGUGUAACCUCCAGUUGUAGCAACGUUAGCACAACAGGUUCUGCACACGUUGUGCAGCAGCAUCUGUCUUUGCCAAAAUAAAUCCACACAACUGCCGUGCUGCCCCUCUUUGGUACUAAACUUUCUGCAGUGUCAGCUUCUGUAGCAGAUUUAGGCCAUAGUGCUACAGAGUGCAAUGUUGACUUGUCUCUCUACCUGCUCUGUUUCGCUCCACUCGCUCGCAAAUCACGUGACCAGAUCACAUGACCAGUCAAUUUUGCAGGCUUUGCAGUUAGAAAAUCACAUUUUAUCAUAUGGAGAUGUAAUCGCAAAUGUAAUUAAUCGUUCAGCCCUAUAAGCCUGUAGACUUCAAUGCAAGUCUGUAUGUCAUAUAUUCUGUUUUGGGAGCUGAUAUUGUAAGCGUAUAAAUAUUAGAUUAUACAUGACAGGGCUUUGGACUGUUCCUGUCUUCUGUCACCUCCUUGGUUGUUGUUUGCUCUGAAUCCUUCUUGUUGUGACUCGAAUCAUUGUGUUGCAUUGGAAGUCACUGAUGAGCAAACCAUUAAACACUAAGGUAAAUGAUGUUGAUGGCUCAAACAAGUUUGAAUGGAAUCCCUUUUUGAUUCCCGUCCCUAUUCAACUCUAUCACUGAAAACCAAUGCAAAAGGCAUGUUGGAAAAAGUCAAGUAUCUGGUCUCAGUAAACAUCUAGACAAUCUGAGCAAAUGCAGACUAUCAGCAUCUUUACAGUGUCAUGGGUUAGGAACACUCCGCACAGAAAAAACAAAAACUGGAGAUUAGGUCAAAUACAUGAACCCUUUACCCCCAUGAUGACACGAUAACGGUUGAAUCCCUCACCUGAAGAGGCUACAUCACGAUGAGAACUUUGAAAUGGAGGCGCCGAGUUGUUCUGGUUGUUCUACACUGUCAUCAGGGAUCCUGAACACCAAAGAGGAACAAGUUUAGCAGCUCUCUCAGCCUAACAACAAAAGGGAGAGUGACUCGACAGGAGAUGUGAGGCAACUCGCUGCAGUGACCUCAGAUGUGGAGGAAGCAGUGGGAGCAGGAUUUUGUGAAGCAUACUAAUGACACUCACACAUGACAGGCUUCCUUUAUUAUGCUAACUUUCACCGUAGCUGUUAGUUGUGAUUGAGCUAACUGGUGAUGACUGUGUGAUCAUGUUAAUCAGUGGCUGAUUUCAAUUUGUUGUACAGUGGCAGAUAUGGCUCUUCAAAGCCGAGAACGUCUCAGUUGACAUUUAGCUGUAGAAAUCAUUUUAACCCCCUGCAGACUGUCUUCUUAAUUUAGCUGAAGUAUCUCAGAGUUUUUUUUUUUAGAAGAAGUAGAAAAAGAAUCAGCUGUAGAAACAUUUCAACCUUUACAUUUAUCAUGUUUUGAUUGGUGGAAAUGUGUUUUUUUUUUACAUAUAUGAUAUCCACCAAAAUCACAUGAACAAUUUCAAAAUUUGAUUUGCUUCACAGCGUACAGCUCCAUGGGUGAGUGAGGGAAAAAUAUUCAGCGGCUGGAUGUGUUAAAUGGAGAAACACAGGGUUGACACCUGAGAAAAAAGUCACAUCGGGUGUUUUAUUAUAAUGUCUGUGGUCAUGUACAGACCCUAAAAUAUCGAAUACAGAAUCUCAGUUUGGGUCUUGAAAUAUGAAAUCCCACCAAGCCGAGACCUCAGUGCGCAAGACCUGAGUCAAGAUAAAACAGGCCAGAAAGCAACACUCUAGGAGAUACCUCAAUGUAUGAGACCUCAGCUUUAAUAACUAACUUUCACUUGUUACUUACCUCUCCAUGUAAGGCCAUAAUUAUCUUCCCAGUCAUAACCAACUCUUUCAUUAACUACACACAGUGAAAAUUGAGUUCAGAUUAUCUGCUAUAUGUAUCAUUUAUUUGCCGUCAGAUUAAACUGUGGUUGACUACACUCCCUCAUAUGCUGUCCGUUAACUGUGGCCCUGUUAACUGGUGACUUUCAGUCUCUCCUGCGUCUCUUGCAGACUUUUCAUUGAAGAAAUAUCUUGUGAGUUUACUGUGACAUUAUGAUGAACUUUAAACUAGAGCACAUUCAAGAGGACUAUUUGUCUUUCAACAGCUGUUGCUCACUCUCAAACCAAAAUCUCUGAAACUCCUUUGAAUAAAAGGAGCAAAAUGACCACCUUUGACAAAACAUGCAUGCAUGUUUUUGAUGACGUAGAUAACAUUUGAAUAUUUACAGUUUAAUUGAAUAUUUUUACAACACUGUGCAGCCUUCAGUUUCUUUAUCCCUUAUGACCAUAUAAGGGUUAAUAUUGUUUGUAAGUCAUCUUUUUUCAUCAAGUUAAGGCUUAGAGUUGGGAAUUGACAAAGGAUUGGCUAUACUGACUAAAAAGUGAGUGAGUUGCAUCUGUUUUCCAGAUGACAGAGUGUAGCCUUCACUCAACCUCUGUAUCAGUUUCUAGAUCCGCGAUGGGCAUUUUCAGGCUUGGUGACGCCUCUUGGGUGUCAUCACCAACACUGUGUCUAAAUUUUUGUGCAGAUUUUAAUAGUAAGAGUUCAACUAAUGAGUGAGUGAAGAAUUUGGAAACCUUACCCAACUUUCCAAAGACAGACAGGGAAAGAUGGAUGGAUAAAAACACCACCCCUUGUGAACCAAAGUUCAACAAUAGUCUCUGAAGAAAAGCUUGCACUGUGGCUUCAGACUUCAACCAAUCCAAAAGUUUUUUAGGAAUUAUAGACGGACAUUGAUAAAUAAAUAAAUUGGAGAUCCGUCUGUUCAAGAGCCCGGUUGUGUUUCUUUUAAAGUGAAGACCGACACCCCCUCGCACACAGACACAGUUAUGUUUACAUCAGAUGAAUUGUUAACCAACUUGUAGAAGGCCUCCUCCAGCAACACAUGAAUAUUCGUUACACUAAGUACUCUCCCCUCUGUGGCUGCACCGGUGAAGGUCAAACUAGCUAGCUCUGCUCUGUGUGGAGCUGCUCAGCAUGGCAGAGAGGUAAGCCAGAGCAUGCUUUUGUAAUAUUACAUAAAGAUGAGGAGGGUGCACUGCUGACAGCUGUGACAGGCUAUUAAUUAUGGUUUCAUGAACGUGUGUGCGAGGCGUGUGUUUCAGGGAGGGGGGAGGGGGGGAAAACAGUCACAAUGCUCAAUCACGGCCAUCAAAUCAGAAAACUUUGGGUGUUAAUGGGUCCGUUUUAUAGGAGGACUAAUUAAUUUCUUUGUGGCUGCCUUAUUGAAAUGAAUACUGGUGUUGUAGUAGGAGAGAGGGAGCAGUUGACCUUUACCUCGAUGGAGUUUACUUUAUUAUAACUCGUUAGUCCGCCUUUGUUCCAGACAAAGGCUGUAACAUCAAGGUUCGGCAGGCUUCGAGUAAGACCGUCUCUCGCUGUCAUGUGCUCAUCCCUCUGAGCUCCGUCUAUCCGGUACACUUGUGCUCCUCUCACCUUGCCUCUCUCCUUUCCUCUUUCUUCCAGCGCAGGGGGCCACUGCGUGAAUGAGAUGUUGGGUGCAUGGUAAUUGAGUCAGUAUUGAUUGGACUGCAGCGUGGCCUACAAGAGGCCAAUGAGAGCCAGGGGGAUCAGAGCAGAAGCAACACUGAAUGCGUCUCUUAUCCCACAUUCUGCAGGAAAAUAAAAACGCAGUAAAGGAAGAGCAUUAUACCGCUUUAAGACGCGUUUUUGCUUGUUUUCUCAUCUGCCAUUAGCUUUGACUGUAGGCCCAGAAAUAGCCUUCUUCAGCAUUGGCUGUAUCAUUUGAUUGUCUGGGUGCAUCAUCUGAGUGGGGCUGACUGUCAUAUUUCCCUGCGAUGUCACCACUGGAGACUGAGCUGCCAUGUCGGCGAGCCAGGCGAAGGAGGAAGUGAUGUGGAAAUAUUUUCUAAGGAGGGAGGGUUAUUGCCUUGUCAGCAUGCCGUCACUCUGCACAUGCCGAACCCUCUUGUUUCUCCUCUGCUCUUUACCUGGGCUGGGAUGUAUUUGGAGGUGAUUAAAACCCAACAAGUAAUACUGACGGGUGUAGGAGAGAUUCUUAGUUCAACUUUCCAGACAUGUGUGGCUACAAAUUCAUCCACACAGGCAAUGAUGCAUCAGCUUGUGUGCAUACUUUGCAGGAUGUAAAAAUUUCUAUUUAGGGUUUGGUCUUGUUUGGUUUGUAUUUUCGCCAUCUGUAGAUUUCUUUUUGUUUUUCUUCUACUGUAUAGCAUCACUGGUAAACACGACAGAGGGAAAUCAUAAGACCUCAUGUAGACCUUCAUGUUUAAAGCUACAUUGACUCAGAAAGACUGAAAUCAGGUGUAACAGUCAGCCUUGUAACAAAAAAUAACAAAAUAAAUACAGUAGUUGCUGAUUCACUUUAGCAUUGUAGCUAUAUGGUAUUCUGCUAAGCUAAGUUUGCAAUAUGGUGUCUUCAUUGUUUGCACAGAUAGGAGACAGGGGAUCAUCUUGUCACCUAACAGCUAAAGAGCAUUUUUGCCCUUAUUGAAAACUGUUUUCUUUAACCUUGAUCGCGUCGCCUAUCCAUCGUUAUGUCUGACAAAAUAUGAGGAGCCUGGUUUGUGUCCAUUUGGACAUCCUUGUGGACAAAGCUGUGUAUGCUGAAUUUGUACGAUACAUGUGUAACCAGUGUUUCUCAUCAAAAACCUCAUCCUGAGGUCUGUUAACGGUCGAAUAUAUCGCUCUCAGUAAGGGUGGGGAGCUCAGAAGUGCAUGCUUUGAUGCUGUAUUUGAAUUAUGAGUUUUUAAAUGUUGGAUAUAGUACUAGUGUUAGAAAUUCAAAGCUCCUAAAGUAAUAAGAAGGAGUGGCAAUCAGAAGUAACAUAAUAAAACUGAGCUCCCUUUAGACAACAGCUAAUUCAAGCAUUCAGCAUUUCCUUUAGCAGGCUGUGACGCUAUAUUAGAUUGAAGGAAAUCUUGACCUAACAUCGCAUAAGGCAGGGAUUGAACUUUCCAGCUGUAUCAUAGGACGUUAUCAUGUGGUGGUAUUAGCUUUUAGUUUCACCAAUAACAGUCACUUUAGCAGGAAGCAGAUGGAUUGAAUUACUAAAACUAAAAAUUCAUUAAAUGUGUUGUUUUUGACUUGAAAUAUAUUCACAUUUCCUGCCAAUUUUAACUUGUUUGUUGUCCCUUUAGUUGAUGAUCAAUUGAGAAGCACUGAAAUUAAAAUGAUAGGUCAGAUUCUCUGUAUCCAAAUAACACCUGAACAGUCUCUUCAAACUUUCCGCCCUGUACAUGACUAUAGAAAAACUGUUUUCUUUGAGCCAUAAUUUUGUUUUUAAUUCAUGUCAUGAUUGAAGAUAUGAUGUAUGGAUGUCAGAGGGAGUAUGUGUUUCUGUGUGUGCGUUUGUGGUGUGAACAGGCAGCACUGAAGGCACUCAGGCACAUCCAGCCCAUUGCCGUGCAUGUGAAAGCACAUAAACCGCAUAAACUGCAGUGAGAGCCCUGAGAGGUGAAGCAGGAGGGAGGCAGCUAAGCUGGCUCACCAGCCAAUACUGUGCAAGUGCCGGUUACCAUGGGAACACAUUGAUUAUUUAACAAUUUGGAUGAAGCCUGUGCCCUGCACUUGCUGUGGUUCGGUGGGAGUCUUUGUAGCUUUACUGUCCUUAGGGUCUGCAGCCAACUGAGUGCUGUGCGUCGCAAUGCUAUGAGGACAUGAUACAGAUCCAACAUGAUGCUGAGAGACAAGAGACAGACAGGCAACUGACAGAAGAGCAAGAUGAUAGAUUGAUGAAUAAGAAGCUAUUGUGAACAGAUGGGUGGAUGAGACGAAGUAGUGAGAGAAAGAAAGCAGUGCGGCGGCGGCUGAAUGUCCAACGCUCCUUGUGUUCAGCAGGGACUUGUUGUAAUGAUCUCAUGCUGGGGAAGCAGUCUGGUCGUUGUGUGUACAUGAGGUCUUUGUGUCCAGCAUGCUCACUUGUUUCCAUGUCUGAAUCGGGGUGUAUGGUGUCCAUAUAGUGCCAAAACUACCGCAAACCUGAAGGGUGCAUUACAGGUAGAAACAAAAAACUGUCUGUGAAAACAGCCUGUAGGGAUUUUUGCUCGAAAGUGAAAUGGAAUAAGAUGACUGUGAUGGUGACUGUACUCAGAUGUGGUUACUGUUGUUCCUGCACGAGUGUCAGUAACACACUACCCUGGAUACUCUGCACCUGAUACUGGAUAUUUUAGAUGGAUGGGAAACCCUUUUUUUUUUUUUAAGUGAAUGUCUGAAAAAAUGAGAUCAGAUCAAAUACACUGCUCCCAUUGUGAUCAGAACCCAGUCAGGUGUACAUGCUGUCUAUACAGGGUGAUAACAUUACUUAGAGUAGGGCGUUAAUCCUUACAUUCACCAUGAUACAGUGUUAAAGCGCUUGUUUGAACAAUGCUACAUUAAUCACUGAAACCACAAAUUCUGCCGCAGGUUUCAGUUUGGUUGCUGAAAAGUUAGCAUAAGUGAUUUUGCAAAUACAGUAUUUAUAGGCAAAUAAAACUCUUUGAGGUGUUAUAAUGCUGAGAAUAAUAAGGGUUAAAUGCUGUUCUUUCACAGCUGAUGAAAGUGGUUGUUCUUGGCUUUUCCAUAAAUAGCCAUUAUAAUGAAGAUGUCUUACUUUCUUCUUGUUUAGCUGAGAUUGUCCUUAUUUUUCUCGCUCCAGACCACAUCCUCAGGCUCAGUUCUACCGCCCUGGCUUUGUACCCCAUCUGCCAGCAUGUACUUCCUCACUUUUAUCGACACUCUUCAAGUAAUCUGACCCACAUUCACUGUAACACACUGACAGACAUUCGUGUCCUCUCUCGGGUUUUACAUCAAUCUUUUAGAGACUGCUUUCGUCCUCGUCUCUGUGAUCUUUAACCUGUCUUUAUUUUAGUAGAAAACAGAUAUGUCCUCUGAGACCGGUUUACCACCAACUGGCUCUAUUUACCAUAUUCAUAUGGCUUUACACUCAGGAUGCAUAGAUCAUUUUUUAUAUUACUUUGUGUUCCAGAUUGUAAAUACUGUAUGUGUAGCUUCUGAGGAUUUGUCUUCUACCUUAUAAAAACAGAGAUAGAGAAAAUACUGGGCUAGAUCGGAAAGUACAACAACACAUUUAAAGGCAUGGUCGACGAUCUGAGAAGCAGUUGAAAAAACUGAGCCGUUGUCAUAUACAGCGAAGUGAUUGGAUGGAGAGGCGGAGCAGGAGAUUGACCAAUAGGAGCUGUCCAGGACGGAUGGCUCCCAUUGGUCAAUGUUUUUGCAACCCUGCACCUGUUAGGGUGAAUGGAUUUUUUCCGUUCUUUUUUCUCUUCACUUUGUGGAGAUCGCACUAUAGGACCAUGAUCGACAUAUAAACGAGGUUCAUAAUAAUUACCAAUCUCUCCAAUCAUCAACUGUGCCUUUAAGGGCAUAAUAGCUACCUUUGAUUAACAGCUGACACUAACUCUGAAUCAGUGCUUUUCCUUUUGUGUCAUGUAAUUUUACCAAACGUCAAUAUUCAUUUUUAUCUCCACUCUAUUAGGCAUGUUGAUACUAUCCAGGAUGUAGAUACCAAUAAACACCUUUCAGUUAAUUAUCAUACAACAUUUACGUUUCCCAUUCUGACUGUAAAAUGUCCACCUUCUGAACAUGGUCAGUGUCUCCAGUAUGUGUCAGAAACUUCAGCAAUGAUCAGAGACCUCCUCAGACCUCUUGUGAGGUGUGUUCCUCCUCUGGUCAGCAGGUAGAUAAUAAAAUCAUGGGGGGCAAGGAGGGGGAGCUAAUCCAGCCUAAUCCAAGUUACCUGAGUAAAUUGCCAAACAUUAAACAUGUUGAGCCUACUCUUCUCCAGAUUAUCUUCCAUUAUUCCUUUUUGUUUGCUUGUUAUGUGAGAUUCAGAUAGGAGGAUUACGCAGCAAUCCCAAGCCAGGAUAACACUGCGGUUUUCUCAGAUUGAUGGGUUUAUUGUCUUUCUGCUGCACUUGUAGGUUCACUGAUCCCAUUGGACAGCGUUUCUUCACUAUGAUACUUAUGAUAAGCACUGUAACAGGUGUGUUUUGUCACAUGUGGGCUCAAUCGAGGAUUCAGUAGCUUUAGUCUGUCAGUCACCAGGGGGACAGUAGUAGCCAAUGUAUUCCCCUGAGUCACCCAGGGGCUGUGUUUCAUCAUUUCUCGCUGCAUGGGCUUUGGUUUCAGGGUUUUGUAUUCAUAAUAGGCUGCCACUAACAUGGCUGCUGUGUAAACAAAAAAAAAUACAGAUGCCUUUUCACUAUUAAACCCUCUGCCGGAUUUGGGUCAUGUGUUAGGAGUUUGCUUUUAAGAUAAAAAGGGGGAACGACGUGCAAAACAUUCCUGAGAAAUCUGCAAACACAAGCAGAGACAUGAGCAUCUGUUGGUCCAUAUGCAGAUUACAACCAAGGCCUGAUUGUGCUGACUGGGAGGGAUAGAGGGGGUGGGGGGUUCAGCCACAGCUGUCCAGAGUCACAGUGCAUCACCGCCAAGCCGAGCAGGUCAAAUAUGCAGCUCCUGUUUGUUUUGAGAGCGCCGUAACAGGAGAGCUCAUCAGAUUAGAAGUAUCGGAGGAAUAAAACGACACCUGCACAGCUUGUGAGGAGACAGAUGAUUUUGAUCAAAGGAUUAUGUCGUUUUAAAGUUUGUGUUUUUAGCUGCUCUCUUGUGGAUGCAGGAGUGUUUCAGCCUUAUACGGCUUGAUUAAACCCACUGGCUUUUAAAUACCACCGUAUUAGCAUUUCAUUUAUUUAAAUCAUUUUUAAGCAUACAUAUCCAAAGGUUGGAGAUAAUAUGUAUGCUGAUUUCUGAGUAGAGCUUGGCCUAUUGGAUCUCUCAUAACAGUAGCUGGGUUUAAAAAUAUGCUGUUUAUUUCAUCAGCCCCCUCCUAAUAUUUCUUGAUUGAGAGAGCAUGCAUAUAAUGAUGAGGUAAAAUCCAAAUAUUUAAUAUUCACCAUCUUUAAUAUUUAAAGGUUAUCACUCAAAAAAGGCUCUGAUGCUACAUGUGGUUAUAUUUAAAUGUUAUGUUAAAUUGGCGUUUGGUUAAGUUCUAGAUAUGUGCACAUCUAAUACUGCACUCAGUGUUGCAUCAUUAAUACAGCUGAUGCAUAACUAAAUGACACACCUCACAUUAAACACGUAUAGCACAGUUUUUUAAAUUCUUUUUUUAACAAUUUAUUUAUUAACAUUUUAUCAUAAACAGUAUACAACUUCAAUAACAACAACAGGGUUACAAAUUUCAUCCAAACCCGCCCCUCUUCUAGAACAAACCCCAUAGUCCAACUCUUAGCUACAUCCCCAAAAAUAACGGUAAUAAUAAUAAUAAUAAUUAUAAUAAUAAUAUAAACGAAAAUAUAAAUGUAAAUAAAUAAAAGGAUAAAAUAAUUAUAAUAAAAGAAUACAAAUUAGUUAAAUGAUAAAUGAAUAAAAUUAAAUAUAAAUAAAUACAUAAAAUUACAGCAAAAUACAUGCAGCAAAGGUCAAGACAUUGACAAUAGAAAAGCACAGCUACUCCUGCAUAUGUGCUACAACCACCACCACCACACCACUGACAGUACUCGUCUAGUUAUCUGUGAGAAGUUAUCCAGAUAUAUUUAAAAGUCAUGCCAGCAUUUGUCAGAAAGAUGGGGUUUCUUUUUCAUAUUGAACAUAAUUUUUUCAGAGGCCAUGUAUGAUGCAACUUCCUUAAGCCACAUUGAAGCAGUAGGUGGGUUUUCACUUUUCCGCAAUAUAGCGAUGCAUUUAUUUCCAGCAAUCAGGGAAAGCCUAAUAAAAUGUGUUUUCCUUUUCUUAUCAGCAGUAUUUUUUUAUUCUAAAGAAGAAAAGGAUCAGUAGAAACUAUCUGCAUGUACACAGGUGAUAUCUGUGUACAUAGUGACCUAGGAUGGGGAGGGGGGAUGAAAUAGGCAGCCGCUGAUGUUAUCCUCAGUGUCCCUGAGCAGCGCUGUCAGCACCCUUUCACCCACACAGCUCAAUCAAAUCAAUAAAGAGUAUUAAAGAGUAUGCAGCCACUGUGCUGAAUGAGUGGAAGGCCAUCAUGCUUCUCCUUAACCAACAAUCAACUCCAUCGUCACACCUUUUGUUCGCUGCCAGCUUUCCUUAGAGGUCUCAGCUUAGAGCCUCCUCAGCUGCUCUGCAGGCCUGAGAUGGGAGAAGAAACACCAGGUGGCACAAUAGAGCUGAGCUGAAAACUACAUUUAGCUCUUAAACUUAACAUGUACUUCCUGUUAAAGAUUAAUCUCUGAUUUACAAGCUGCCACUAACACUCUAACUUUAACAAAGGCUCGUGCAGAACCUGCAUUUUAUAUCUGACUGAAGAGUAAUCAAGUUUUUUAUGUCGUAAAUGGAAGGUUUAUCCACUAUGUUCAGUGAAAAAAAAAAAUCUCAGGGGAAUCCAUUUAAUUUGACAUUUUAGUUGACUAACUGGCUAUUAAACGGCGGGAAAAAGUAAACAUAAGCUCAGCGAUUCUUUACACAGCCUUUGUAACACGGCCUAUUAUCAUUUCAUAAUAAUCGUAUCAUUAUCCAGACAUGUUUGGCAAAAAUACAAAUCAGAAAACAGUGAAAGAUGCUGAUCGCUAUUUCUUAGAAGUUAACGUCAUGCCUGCAGAGAUCUUGUGUUGUCAGACCAAGAGAUGGAAAUGCAGGAAGAUUUGUUUCAAAUGGUUUCACUCAAUUUGCUUUGAUUAAAUAAUUAUUUAAAGGAGUUAUCUUGGAUUGCAAUAAAUAAUCAUUUUAGUGUGUGGUUUUCUGCUGGUUCAUUUUCAGAAAUGAGGGACAACAUUUUCAUCACAUUGUUUGUGGCCCUGGUUGUAACUUUGUUCCAGCAGCAAUAUUGGAUAGUGAUGGUGUGUUGUAAUAUUUGUAUUUUGCUGGGUAUUUGAUUAACCAACAGCCAGUAUCAGAGGUGAAGGUUAGAGUAAUUUCAGUAUUUCAGUAUUGCACAAACAAGUAACUCUAAAAUAAAAUGUAUAAAAACAUUAAAAGGACAUAAAUUUCUUCUGGUUGUUUAAUAUGCAGCACAUCAUGAUUACCAUAAAAUCCUUCAGUUCAAAAUGUGGUACUACGAUGUGUUAUUUUGGGAUGUUAAAUAAGAGUGGUUUGGUUGGUGGGGGGGGCGGUGAUGUGGGAUAAACGUACUGUUCCGUUCCAGCUGCUGGGACACAAGCUGGUUUGUUUUAUGAGCUGACUGCAGGAUGUCUUGCAGUGUUGGUUAAUAAGUAGCUGUCUCUCUGCCCCAGUCCUCAUUCUCAGCCAUCACACCUUUUCAGUACCCCCGACACAACCCCCCCGUCCCCACCCCACACACACACAUACACACACAUACAGCCUCAGCCCCAAGGAGAUUCAGCGACUGUUCCCAUGGCAUCCGUUCACUUUGCUUCCAAGUGAUGGUGUGUGUUCCGCAUUAUGUCUGUGCGCUGCCAGCCUUACACACCGAGAUAACGUGUAUCUCUUCAUAUUCACAGGCCAACCCUCCCCCCAUCAUCGUCAACGCAGACUCACUAGAUGCAGGCCCUUAUGUAAGUAUCUGCUCUCUCUCUCUCUCUCUUUCUCUCUCUCCCUCUCUCUCUCUGUGUACAGUAUGCAUGUCUCUCUCUCACACUCCCUCUGUGUCGGUGCAUGAGCAUGCUUUUGUGUGUGUGGAUGACGAGGUUGCCUCCUGCUAGCUACAUGCUGUUUGCCAUUUGGACCAACAUCCAUUAUCCUAUUGACCCUGCCUGUUUGUAUGAAAUGUGCAUUCUGCAGCCGUACACUCAGCAGCACGCUGAAAAAGAAAAAGACACAUUUGAUCGCAACAAUUUGUAAUUUGUGGUGUUAUUUUUAGUGAGUAAAACUGGUGCAUGUAUCUUCAGUAUAUUUUGUCCAUAAUCUCAUUCUCCACAGCUCUCUCUCUGUUAUAGUAAAGGAUUAAGCUGAAACAUUUGCAUGCUUCCUACUAUGUUUUAAGAAAAUGACAGAAAUCAAGCUCAGUGAUGCCACUUACCACUGUGCCUCUGUUUUGACAGGUAAAUGGCAGUGAUGGGAUGUACAAAUAUGAGGAGAUCAUUCUGGAGAGGGUGAGUUUGAGCUUUUGCUUUCCUCAUUUCUCCACAGUCGACACAUUCCUGUUUUUUUUUCAGCAUGACAGAUGGAUUUCUCCCCACUAGGUGGUGUUAAGCAGCUCAGUCUUUGCUCAGUCAUCUUAAAGGAUGGGAAAAUGACCCCAGCACCCACCCCAAAAAUCCACACCUCUGUCAGAGGAAUCACACAUGAUAGGCUGUUUCUGGUUAAGUUAUAGCAGUUACAUCACUGCAGUUAGAAUAUCUUAUGUGUGAGUACGAGUGCAGAAUAAUGCCACUGAGGCGUAGCUUUUUACAUAAUCCUGAUGCACAUGUCAUCAGCAGACGCCAGAAAUGUAAAGUGCUCUCUUGUUCAAUUGUUAAGCAGGCACUGCUGCACUUGUCAGCGCUGGAUUUGUCUGUAGUGGCAGCACUAUAUGUUUCGGUUCUUAUUAUUCCACCCACAUAUAGAUGCACCUCCAAACCCCUGAUGGAUGCAGAGUCCCUCUCUGCCCCUUCCACUCUAAGAGGCGUUUCUGCAGAAAGCUUAAAUAAGCUAUGCAAAGUCACACUUUUAAAGGUCUGUGGGUGUGUAACAUUUGGUGGUGAGGCCCAGUACACUCCUCUUGGCUUCGGAGCAGCACACCGAGAGGCCUCAGACUCCCUCUGUCCUAAUUUGUUGCGACUGUUGCUCAUUAAUUAUAGAAAAUAAUAAAGCGAGGUCUUUUCUCAGCUGUCUUGUUUGCUGCCUGUCUCUGAAGCCAUGGCUGUCAGAUGCAGCAGUGCACCCGGACCCACUGGAUCCAAAUGGGUCCUGUGUCAUUGCAGGGGCAAGAGAGGGACCAUUGUAGUGUCUGUCUCCCGCAGAGAGUGAGAAGCUCUGCAUCAUGCAAUAGAGAUGACUUCUCCUCUCAUCUUCACUUUGGACCAUAAAUCCACUUUUCUGUGGAUGCAGGACGUUUCUGAGACUGACGCUGCGCUACGGGUUGAUGGAAUAAGCAUGACAUUUUGAAUGGAGUGCCCUCUUCUAAUGGAAUACAUGCCAUUAUCAUUCUUCACCUGCAAGGACACACACACACACACACAUACUCCCACGUGUCAAAAAAAUAGAGACAUGGAGAAAUCCCAGGAGCAGUUUGCAUCGAUCACGUGUUCCUCUGAAAUACCAAUACACUUAAGAGCCAUAUAGUGCUGACCUUGAGCCAACAUAGGCUUCAUCACUUACACUAAAGUGUGUGUUUCUGUGUGUUUCUGUGUAUGUGUGUGUUUUAUUGUACUAUACUGAAAGUGCCAAUCAUAACCUGUGUGCAGGGGAACUCUGGCCUGGGCUUUAGCAUCGCUGGAGGAAUAGACAAUCCCCACAUUCCUGAUGAUCCAGGGAUCUUCAUCACCAAGAUCAUCCCCGGAGGAGCAGCUGCCAUGGAUGGAAGGCUGGGGUAAGUCCUCCCCCUUCUUUCUCCUUCAUCUCCUCCUUCUCCUUCUUCUUCUUCCUCUUCUUCUUUUUCUUCAUGUCACUCCGUCCUUCUUCUCCUUCCAAGCUGCUCUGCACCCUCUGUCCUCUCUCCACUCUCCAUACUUCCCACUUAAAAGCUCACUGCAGCCGUGCGUCCCGCCUGGCAGUGCUGUGUGGGAGGCAGAGUUUCUUCAUCCCUCUGCUUCUGGGCUCUCUGUUUUUUCUCAAAGUUAUGAUUCACUGGAAAAGCAAAGCCUGAAAAAUGCAGAAAUGAUGAUAUGGAGUGCUUUUUUAUGUGCUCUAGAGGCUUUUGAUUACUCCAGCCAUGCUCAGGUUUCCCUUCUCCUCUGUUCAGUGAAUUAACUCCAUCGCUGUUAUCUGCUGACUGACAAGAUGGUGCGUAAGAUUUUGACUAAAUAUUUCUCCUCUACAGGGUGAAUGACUGCGUGCUGCGUGUGAACGACGUGGAUGUGUCUGAAGUGGUGCACAGCCGGGCGGUGGAAGCCCUGAAGGAGGCGGGGCCGGUGGUGCGGCUGCUGGUGCGAAGGAGACAGGCCCCACCUGAGACGAUUCUGGAGGUCAACCUGCUAAAGGGGCCCAAAGGUCUGCAACACAUCCUGCUCGUCAUCACAUACUAGUGCUGCACACUUUUAGAUUCCUCAAAGACACUUAACUGUAUAUUUUCAAGGACUAUGUCUAAAGUUCAAGACAAAUACUAAACUUUUAAGCCAAUGUGUGAAGAAAUGAGGGUUAGGCAUCAACAAGGCAGCUCCAGACAUAAAAUGCAUAUCUAAAGGUGUGUAAAUAUGGGCGCAUAUCGACUAUCUGACUGUUUAUUCUUUCACCAGGGCUUGGGUUCAGCAUCGCCGGAGGCAUUGGAAACCAACACAUCCCAGGAGAUAACAGCAUCUACAUAACCAAGAUCAUAGAAGGAGGAGCUGCCCAAAAAGAUGGACGCCUGCAGACUGGAGACCGCCUCUUAGCUGUACGAGCCUCCCCGAUAUUUACAUAUUGAACAUUUAAAACCACAAUAAAUGCAUUUCAGGUGUAAAUGUAACUCUUUUAAGUUGGUGCUUUUUGUAACUAGUGGUGGUGACAGACAUUUCUUGCUGUCAGACUGGCACCUUUGUAAAUGACUGACUGUUAAUGGGACAUCUUGAGCACAUUACGUUAUCUGGUUGGUUGCAUCAUCCGGUCAUUUUCAACAACGUGAGACGGACAACAUGCAUUAGCAUUUAUGACUCUGUGGAUGGAUGUCCAUUUAAGGGCAAGACAUGCGACAAUAAAAAGCUCCAUUAGUGUAUCAUGAGAGCAGGAUAUCACAGAGAGGACAUCACCGAAAGCUCAUUGCAGAAUUGAGAAAAAGGAAGAAUACAGUAUCCAUUGAAGAGGAUUUAUGACACGAAAUAUUGAGAGCCGUUUGAUUAAAGCUUGUGCUUAAACUCGACUUGAAGUAAGGAGUCACAGCCAGCUGGGUGCCUGUACGGCCAAAGCUUCCCAGUGCACCUGCUUUUAAUAAAGCACAAAUUGAAAUGUGAAAAAUGAACUCAUUAGUGACCCAUGAAACUCUCUCAUUUAAACAGAAACAUGAACUUAUUCCAGCAUGUUAUUGCAUCUACUCUUAAUAUAGACUCUGUUUUUAUUUAGCAUCUAUUUUCCAAAGCUGUUUCUGUUUGUUUGUUGUUUUCUAUAAUUUAUGCAAAAUUCACUCGAUAAUUUUCCACACACUGUUAUGAGUAAAUAAAUAAAACAUUAUAGAAUAACAAAUUAAAUUAGUGAGUGUAUUAAAGAUAGUGAGGAGACGAGCAGGAAAAUGUAAGUUCAGGACAGAAAAUGUAAGAUGUUUCUUCUCUGAAAAAUAAAAAUUUAUUAAAUAGAGAUGAAAUACACUACCAGAUGGCAUCUGUAAGAGACCUAAAAGAAAAUGUAGGAGUCCUUCUCCUUGUGCUAUUUUUGACACAAACUAACAGAAGAGAAUAGACAAUUCUGAUCUUUACGUGAGAGUGAUAAGUGUGUAGGAGUGAUAUGAUAAGUCCGCCAUAUCUAAGAUCACAGAUACUGUACUUUCAGUUACUAACAAAGAGCACGAUAUAGUGAGAUUUCAUGUAAACCGCUAUAAUACAAGGUGUUGAAUAACUUUAGAUUGACAGCAUGUUUCCAGGGAUUUGGAUCUUAAAAGGGAAACUGAAGAAAUUCAGAGCAUCUUCAGAACCUUCUACCUACUGCUUUUGACCUCUGUUGACGCCGCACAGCACACCAACCUUUCAGUGCGCUUUGAAAUCUCAUAAUACCUUCAAGCUAUGAUUCAUUAUUGUGUUGGCUGGUGUGAUGGCUGGUGUGAUGCCUGAUGUUGUCACAGCGCAGCAAAGACACGAGGUGUUCAGGUGUUGAUACACAAAUUCAUCCUCCUCUCUUGUCUUAUAUCCAUCCCAUUCAGGUGAACAACAUCAUGCUGCAGGACGUGCGUCAUGAGGAGGCAGUGGCUGCGCUGAAGAACACCUCCGAUAUGGUUUACCUAAAGGUGGCUAAACCGGGACCUGUACAUCUCAACGACAUGUACGCCCCUCCGGAUUACUCCAGCAGUACGUAUCUACGUCUUCUUGGUCUUCCAGUCACAUACUGCAAAGGUUAAAUGUGGAUAUCCCGCAUUAAUAUGCAUAGAAUUUAAAUUAAGAUCGAGCUGAAAGGGGUUCAUGCAGAGUUAAAAUCCAUAGUUUAUACAGAUGUCAAAAAGUCAGUUGGACUAUAAUUCAGUUCAACAGUAAUAUGUCACUGUCAUUUUUUAUCAUGUGCAAAUAUAUUCUUAUACGUGAACUUCACUGUAGUCCUGUUACAGUCUGUAUUACAUCUUUUAUGUACAUUAUGAACCUUUUGAACAUCAAUAUUAAACAUUGAACUCUAUGUGAAUGUAUACUUACGUAGCAAUGCCCUGUUUUUGUAUUUGAUGGUCCAUGUUUGAGUGUUUUUGACAGUAAAACAUCAUUUUAUCUUUAGCAGAGAUGUUACAGUAGGCCUGCAUGAAUUUUGAAGUUGGAUCACUGUUCUCUUCCCAAAACUGUUAUGCCCACACACCCACAUAGUGAAUGUAGUGAAUGCUUACACACACACACACACACACACACACACGCACACACACACACACACACACACACACACACACACACAAUGCUACCCACAGAAACAACAAGCGCAGUUCUCUGCCUCCCACUGAGUGUGGUUGGUUUCUCACAUCCCACCUGCUCAUGAGAGCCCACGUUUUUGAGCUGCAGCAUCUCAGAUUUCCACACAACAGUGAUUUAUUAGAAAGGGGGCUACUGGGGGGUCUCUGUAUAUUUGCAGUUGUCUUAAGCAGGCCAGUGAUGCAGGCUUAACCCUCCUCUAACAGUUCGUGCUGUUGUCACAUGAUCUGGAUUUGAAACACUCAUUUCUCUAACGCUCAGCUGCCUCUUGCAGUGUUCAUACAGGGAUUUUUAUGCUUGUGAUAUGUCUUUGGCAUAAAGUUCUUUAGGAUUUUUACUAAUUUGUUCUUUGUUGCUUGAGAAUGACAGACAAUAUGAGUGCAACAUUACUACAACCUCUCUGUUUCUAGACUCUGGCAGUUAAUGAUGUAUUCUCUAUGUAAAAGGCAAAAUUCAGCUUUUAUUUGACCAUAUCCUAGUUUCAUAUCCCGAACUAACGCUCUCAUUUCUUACCAUAACGUUGCAUCAAUUGCACUGUAGAAAAGCCAAAUUGAAUGAAAUAUGUGAAAGUAUUAAACUAUAAGCAGUCAGAUGAUUACAGUUGGACUUUUUAUUUGCAUCGCUAUUGCGUCAGGUGAUGUGGUCAUUUCUUUCUCUGUACCAACAAAUAAACUGGUUUGGAUUAUCUAGCAAGACGGUCUCUGCAGCAACAGCCAUCUGACAGAUUGAAAUAUGAGAUAUCUAAGCUAGUUUUAGAGAUUCCUCUGUGUUUGCACACCCAGGAAUUGGUUUGGAAAUCAUGACAUUAUAAUCGCAAAGAACUCCAAAACCAAGACCCUUUUCUUAGAGGCUAAAGUUUUCACUUGGCUAAUAGUGAUAGUAAGACAUCACUCUAGUAUGAAACUGUAAAGUCAAGGUGAUUUCAGCUAAAUACUCGUGUCAGCAUGCUAACAUCUUCAUGGUGACAUUUCUAACAUUCCUCGCUCUAAUAUGAAUGACAUAAACCAUUUACCAUGCAGCUAGCAUAGCCAAAAAAGCAAAACCUUUAGAUCACAUGUUUAGCUAGUGCAGUGAAGUUUCCAUGGUUACCCAAUGUCCUUAUUGUUCCUGCGUUGUAAUCAUAUUUUCUUUCCCCUUACUGGUCUGGCCCUCCCUCCAGCCUUCCCAACCAUGGUGGACAACCACGUCAGCCACAACUACAUGGGAGCAAUGGAGCCUAAACCUGUAUACCCACCGCCCCAGGUCACCCCGUCCAGGUACUCGCCAGUCCCCCGCCACAUGCUGGGGGAGGAAGACUUCACAAGGUAGGUUACAGACUGCCUCCCCCAUGAAUGACUCUCCCCUCAUACAAAACACACAGGCUUUUCGGUUAGUACAUAGAGUUGACUGCUCUUAAAUAUGAGCUUAAGGACUUCUUGUGUUUUUGCUGUGUCGCUAUUUUAGAUCAGAUUGACAACAGUCGUUUUCCUUUAUUUUUGAGUCUGCAUGAAUUUGUCUGUCUUCCGAGACGAUUCCUUUUUGUUGAGAAUAUCUGUGUUUCUGGUGAAUUUAACCAAGGUACAAAUGUAUGUACAUAGAUUUUGAUUGGUUGGGUCAUGUAAUGAUACGCUCUUCUAGGUUUUAGGUUUCUUUUUUUCUGCUGAUUGUGACCCUGGUGGUGCUUACUAUAUGAUAGCUUGACGGUAUGUGGUUGCUGUGUGCUGACCAAAUACUUUGCAUAGAGGCUACUUGUCUCUUCUUGCAUUUGUUAUGACUGUGUUUUAACCUUUGACAUCCUAUCCAAGUACUGGAUCAGAAGUAGCAUUCAUAGAGGCUUGAUUGUAGUGUCCCACGAGGCCUUGAGUCAUCUUAACCCACAGCUCUGGGGAGGAGGCUGUAUUCCCUCUGUGUGUGUGUGAGUGUAUGUGUGUUAGUGUGUAUGUUUGAGUGUGACAACAUGCAGGCGUGUCUGUGUGCUGUGGAGUGCACUUGUUACUGGAUGAAUGUGUGUUAUGUGGCCAUGUAAUGUCCUUGUACAAGCUGUCUACAUGACUUGUAUGUGCUUCUGUCGCAUCUUUGUUGGUUUGUGUGCUUUAUUUGUGUCCUGCACUUGUCCCGUUCACUGUGAUUCCUGUACCCCCACAGCAGGGCUGAGCCUGUUUACAGUGUCAUCAACAAACCUGGGGACAGCAAGGGGCCCCAGGCCCUCUACAGAGGCUUCUGUCCUUCCCCUGCUCCCUUGUGCCAAGGUCCACUCCCCUUCUCUGGCAGGUACUAACCUAGUCCAUCACGCCUUGCUUAGCUAACCCUCCUCUGUGUAGCAAGUUUAGGGCCAGAGAGGGACCUGCCUUUCUUGUAGUAUGUUACGCCACAUUUUGGCACAAAUUGCAAGAGUAGAGGAAGUGUAGAGAGAUGAUAAAAAUGGCAACAGAAGGAGGAAAAAAUGAAGGGAAAGUUCUAACUUUCAGUGGGAGCUUUGUUUAAGCUUUUGUCCGUGUUUGCAUGUAAAUGUUUCCUUCCCUCUUGUCUAAUGACUGUUUUGUAUGUUGCUUUAAAUAUGUUGCUGCUUUUUAUGUUUGUAUGAAACCCCCAGUGACUGAUUGAAAUGCAGAUAUCAUUUGAUCUUUUACAUCUCAUGAGCUGUGAUGAAAAACUACUACCCAUUACAGAGAAUUGACCAUGGAGCUGUAAUGUUUCAGAAGUAAUUAGCUUGCUAUUUUUUGCCCUUUGUGCAUGUGUUUGUUUGUUAUUUCAUCUCAUUUUAUAUUUCAAAAGGUCUACUCCGUCUUCAUUAUUGGUCCAUCUAUUCUCCAACUACUCUGCUCACGUCAAUGAAUCAAAGACAAUAGGUCCCUGUUUAGUGCAGUUCAAAAUGGAGUCGUACCUGCUCUUCACAAACACAUCUCCACAGGAGAGCAGCUGAAAGGGCUUCACGCUCCCACAAGCUGCUCUGUUCCAUCUGUCGGGAGGCUUGGAUUUAUCCAAGCCUUUAUUUCGGGCCAAUCUACUUUCACUAGUAGAUUGUGCUGAGGAACACACACAUAACAUUUGUGUGUGUGUUUUUAGAUAUUCUCAAAUAGGCAAGGAGAUCUUGCUCUUGAUUUUGCGCUCAUUAUUUAUAGCAAUUUACCUGCAGUGCUGUCCUUUUUGUUCAUCUCGUGGAUUAAUGUGUUUACGUCCUGUGUUUGAACCCCUUGCUUUAAUGUCAUGUGUUUUGUGUCAAGCAUGUUGUAUGUUGCGUGACACAGGACGGACAGGUUUCCUUGUGAGAGUUUUUGCAUAUGAAACAAGGCGGAGAGACAGGCAGAUCCUGGUUUUGCUAUAUACUUAAUCUUAGGGCAGGUUGUGGCUUUAUAAGAAAAGCAAGUACUGGAUGAUAGAAAGACAGACCACCUAAUAAAAACAUUCUGCUCUGCAGCGUUGGAAUGUUUUGCCUGCUGCUCCAUGCAUGUAAAUAUAAACACCAGACCUUGCUGUUUCCAUAACUGUAAUGGGCAAUAGGAGCGUGAUCCGGUACAGGCCAGCAGACCGUUAGCAGCAGACAGUCCUGCAGCUGUCAUGAUUCAUCUGCACUCUGCAAAAACCAGGCCACGCACCCGGGUCUAACCCCUCUUGUCACCCGUGCUGCCAGCACCAAUCGCACACACAUACUGUACACCAAGACAUCCGCUCAUGGUGUGCUGACACAUACAAGCACACACACACACACACACGUUCAUAAAUAUAAUGCAGAGCUAUGAGACACAGACCUGUGGGUAUACAUCCUGCAAACCAAACAACUCCUCAGUCAACUGUUCAAAUGAGAACUGCACAAGUCUUUGACCAUACAUGCACCAGUUUGCCCCUAGUGGGCGUAGGUGGCAUCGUCUCAGAGGAGUCUCAGGGUUGACUUGAUUUUCAAUCACAGCACAUAAUAUCAGCACUGAGCUCCAUCAGACAGAUGGGCAGAUAGCAGACACCUCCACCCAACCUUUAAAGAUCACCCAUUGGCAUUGGCUUGGUGAAGGAGACGGGGAGGUUACUUUAGAUGGAUGCUGUAGUAAGCAUCGAGAGAAGUGGAGCAGGCUGGUUGUAAGGCGUGAGUCAGAGCUUGUGUGUCGGUCCUCUGCCCAUCUGCACCUCCCCCUCAGUGGUGUCAUCACAGUCACAUCCCUCGACAACCCCCUACCCCCUUCCUCCAUCUGAUAUUACCCCCAUUCUUCUGCAGAUAUGUCAGUACUGUACACAGCUUCCUUGUCUUAGUCCGCGUUGGACCCAGAUAAGAGAUAAAAAACCUCCAACCAUGUUUGCUGUAAAUAUAUGUUGUGUGUGGUAGCGAUAGUGUGCAUAAUCACUAAACAAGCCUGCCGCUCCUAUCAGGGCUGCACUUCUUAGAUAUGCACGACAGUGCUUCUAGUUAGGCUGCUUUGUUCAAGCGAGGCUUGUGUAUACAGAACCCUGUGGACUGCAGCAGCAGGUGAGCUAAUCAGUAACUACAUGCGUCCCAUGCAGACACAGAUGCACAAGCACAAAACCUUUGACUGGUCAGCCUUGUUAAUGCCAGGAUUGAGAGGAACAUUUUUACCUUCAGAUCUGAUUCUCCAAAAGCUGCAGAAAAAAGUUGAAUAUGAAAGUAAUCGCAGCAGAUUGGGCUAAACACUUGUUUUAGCUGUUAAUUAUUUAUCGCUCCAGUUUUUCUUAGUCACAGUGAGAGGCAUCAAAUAUCUUUAACUGUCUAUCACCCAAGCAGUGAACGAAUUUUUCCCUAAGAUAAAAAUAGCAGGCCGUGCAGAAGAGGCAAGCACAAAGAAUGCACGGGUGAAAUUUUGGAGAUAAAGCAGCAUUUCAGUUUUAUCAUCAUACGCCUCUAUACGUAAGCUGCUGUGAUCCAUUCUGGAAGAGAGAAAGAUAAAGUGCAGGGAGAGGUAGUGUCUGUCUGUGGGAAAUGGCGUCCAUCUGCAGUGUCCACCAUUAAUCAGCCAAGCAGAGCCAAUUACUGGGCUGAGUCCAGGGCAGCAUGACCCGCUGAACCCCACAGCCCAGAUAUCCAUUCACAGCUUUAGGAGUGAGCUGAGACAGCCUGGGCCAAAAGCAGACAGGGAAAAUAUGGCUGUGGGAGUGGGGUUUGGGGGGUUCUGAAUUGGAGAAAAGGAGAAAUGGCUGCUGAAAAGAGUGAGGGUUUUACCGUUUUAUAACUGUUUACAUUCCUGGCAUGGAUGAAGAGGCAAAGGAGGGGAAGGGAGGGAGGAGAGGCAGGUCUUGUGAUGGGGAGGGGGGGCUUGAUCUAUGCGUUUAAAACUGAAGGAAUUUCCCCCUGCUCUCUAUGAAAAUGUCCAGGCAAUCCUCCCUGGAUGGAAAAACUGUGAAAUAAAGAAAAAACUUGGGCCUUACACUGUGUGUCUGCACAUCUCUGUCCAGUGAAAUAAUCAAGCUUCCAGCGUGUUAGAAUUUGAGUGAAUUCAAUGAAAGACCUGACCUGAGGAAGUAACAUUCAAAAGCUUCUUAGUUUGUUUGCUCUGUCACAAAUUAACAAGGAGCUUCUGGGAAUCAGUCUGCCUAGUCUCCAGAGGACCGGGUCGACAGACAGGAAUGCUGGUGUACUGUAUUUAAAGAGGGAGGGCUGAAUCCAAACCGGCAUCAGAGCAGGGACAAGGGGACAGCACUGUGUGAAACUUGGAUGACGUCCAGUUUGACACAUCCAGCUUUCUUAUGAUGUAACGUAGUUUGAGUUGUUUCAGAUGCAAGUCUCUUGUUGUGGAGAAAAUGACUUGUGUGGGAGUGUUAGGGUUAAGUGUUAAGUCUUUUCUUACCGGUGAUGAUGGGGAGCGAGCUGUUUGUGACAGGCCAAAGAGGGGCUGCUUCCCAUCACGGCACACAAGGAUAAGAUAGGAAACACCAGGCCCCAAACACAGGAGCUCCUAAAACUGCAGCUCCUCUUUCAGCCAAGGGACCAGAGAGAAACGAGGGGCUGAGGAGUAACACUGAGCCGAGGGAUGUAACAUAGCCACCAUGUUCACAGUCAACAUCUCAUCCUCCAUGUCGCUGCCUGAACGCUCUGUUAGGAAAUGCUCUUUCAGAAGCAAGCACCGGUUCUGGAUUGUGAGGUAACCAUGGAGAUGUAUGAGCGUGUGUGUCGAGCAGGGAUGAAAAGCUGUGGAUGGAAAGCGAGGUUAUUUUAAGCCUGACUUGUUUGAAGGCAAGUCAGUUGUUUCACGAUAUUCAAAGGCAUUAUUUAAGUAUUUCUCCUUAUCUCUGGUACUAAAGAAAUCUAAUAGAUUAUACAAAACGCAAAAUAUAAUGAAACAAAGAUUAACAGUCCAGUUUUAAUCUGUUUCUAGUUAUAUCUCAUGGAAACACUAUCUGUUUCCUGCAAAGCCAGAGUCAGUAAGUUAUUAUUGAUCAAUCUGAAUAGGUAAUCAACCAAAAAUCUGCAUGUAACAUCACUUUUACUCAAAUGAUUACAGCUUAAUGGUGUUGUUAAACUUUCUACAGGCACAGUCACACUAUUUAGACCCUUCAAUUGCUCUUAUUUUCUUUUCUCGUAGUAAUCAGGGCUUUUUCCAGCCAGUCAUGGUUUGAUUCCGAUGGUCUGGAAUGCAGAAUCUGCUGCUGUCGAAAGGAAAAUGGUCUAAACAGUGAGUUAGAGCGCAGCCAUUAGGGAUUGAGAGGGAAUUGUUCCUGCAGACCGCAGGCUGAGUAGACCACUAAUGGGAACCAUGCAGUGUUUUCCAGAAAGAGAGGAAACUGCAUGCAUCUCCGUGUGAGUCUAUGCCCACUGUCUGCAUGCAUGUAUGUUUAUGUGGACAUUUGUCUGUUAAAGAUGCACAUGUGAGAUUGCGUGUUUUGAACUUUCUGGUGUGUAUGUAUGUAUGUGUGUGCGUGUCUGCAAUUGUGUGAAGUAUGAUCUCAGAUGGUUCUUGUUGGACCACAGCAGCAGUUUUGGCCUCUUUAGCGUCUCAAAACUGAUUUAGUCUGAAUAGCCCGUUGGUGGAUGAGUCAUAGUGGCUAAAGCUAAUGCAGAGUUUCAGAGCUAUCAAGCAGGAGGUGGCUUAUUAUGUCUGCAUACGCUAAUACAACAGGUAUUUAAAAUUGUAUGUGUACAUUUCCAUGAGGUUGCCAAGCAAAGCAGAAAGUUGUAUAAACAAGUAAAAGUCGUUGUUUGGUCCAAGUGUGAUGCAGCUUGUUUAAUUGUAUUUUUGCAGCUAUUGCGAGAGUGUUGUCGCUGUUGCUGAGUUAUCUUAUUUAGCUAAAUAAUUAGAGCUUGAUUGCCAUUGUGUUAGUCAUUUAGUGCUAGUGGUUGGUUCCGCUGUUCAUUUCACAUCUCUAUCCAUAGCACUUUUAUUUCAACACAUACAAACAACACUAGAAGAUGGCUGCUGGAUGAAACAGCCCCCAUCUAUAUGCCUCUUUUCAUGCUCCUUCUAUUACAGUUGUGGUCAUAUCUCUCUCUCUGUCUUCCCUCUACACUCUCUGUCCUGUCCUUCACCCUGACGCUGUCCCUCUGUUUGGCAGGGAGCCAAGGAAGGUGUUGCUGCACAAGGGCUCCACAGGCCUGGGCUUCAACAUAGUCGGUGGGGAGGAUGGAGAAGGCAUCUUCGUAUCCUUCAUCCUGGCAGGAGGGCCGGCUGACCUGAGCGGCGAGCUGAGAAGGGGCGACAGGAUUCUCUCCGUCAGUAUCAUCCACCUCAAGUUUGCUCUCAUCAACAACAACAAUGACAAGUUUUAGGCAGUUUUCAGAUGUUUUUAGCAAACUCCUGUUGUUAGGAUAAUUAGGAGAGAAUCCAUGUGGCCUGGUGUUCAGAACACCAGUGAACAUCUGCCCUCCUGAAAUGUCCUUGAGCAAGGAAUUAAAUCCAUGAAAACUCAGAGAGAGCAAAUCUGUGCUUUUCCAGAGAAGAAAGUGUUACAUAAAUUGCUCAUUUUAAUCCCUUUAUUUUUAUUUAUAGCUGCUAACCUCUAAAAAAAACAGUUUAUGACUCAUUAUUUAUGUCUGUUUUAUGUCUGUGUUACUUUAACUAAAAAAACACGUCAUAUAAAAACAGUCAUUCAAUUGACAGAUCAGUAAACAUCUUAACUGCUGAAAGAUAAAACAGUAAUAUCUUUUACUUAUCUGCCCUGUCAUAUUUCAGAAGAAAGCAUGCCAAUAAAAUUGUCAUUUUAAAUGUUAGGCCUUUACAUGGUGGAGGUAAUUUUUUAAAAUAAAACCGUCUAGCUGAAAUUGUGUCCUCAACAUUUCUCUUUACUGAAAAAAGCAGCAGGCUUUUACAAUAACAACAGUAUUUUCUUUUGUCUACCUGGUUUGUUUGCAGGUGAAUGGAGUUAACCUUAGGAAUGCUACACAUGAGCAAGCAGCUGCAGCACUGAAGAGAGCCGGACAGACUGUCACCAUCAUUGCUCAGUACAGGCCUGAAGGUGAGGUCACUCUGUCUCAUACCACACAUGAUCCCCUAAUAAUACAGUGCUGACAUGAGACCUGAACUCACAGUUAUUAUAGGCUGUACUUUAAUGACUUAUCAUCAAUUAAACUUUUAUUUCUGUGAGUAUUUGUGAGCUAUUUUGGGCGCUUCUAUGUGUAUUCUUUGCCUCAUUGUGACCCCCACCUGGUGCUAGAUGAGCAUUGUUGUUUGUUUUGAAGUUCUCAUAUACUCUGGUGCACCCUGUGCUAUAAGCUUGAAUAAUGUUAAAUCAGAAGAACAGAGAUUAUAUACAUUUUUUAUAUACAUCUUAAUAGCAUAGACCAGCAUGGCUCAUCUAAGAUAACAUACACUUAAGAGUUGCUAAACCCUUAUCGGAUUUGUUCUUAACAUCAUAAGGUUUAAAAAUCAUGAUUGAAAGCCCAGUAUCUUCACAAAAUGCUGAUUUUUCAAUUAAGAAUUUGGUUAAAUGUUUCUGGAUGUUUUCCUGCAGCUCAUGGGGAAGCUUUCAAAAUUUUAUUCUCGUGAUGUUGCAGGGGUUAUCUUGGCUUGAAAGUAUCAGAUUAAAACAGAGCCAGUGAUUUUUUUACUUUUUUAUUUUUAAUUUUGGUUGCUAGUUUCUCAAAGCAGCGUUCAUUGUUCUCACACUCAGCGUGGAAAAGGUGCAAGAAAUGAUAAACUCUUGCUUUAAAACAGUGGUUCUCAACUGGUGGGUCCCGACCCAAAAGUGGGUCGCAGCCAUGUUCUUGAUGGGUUGCGAAUAGCUGGUCAAAAAGUAAAUAUUUAAUGCGCAUCUGAUGUUGACAUGUCUUUUAUUUUUAAAAAAUAGCUUAUUUUGAAAGGCACGCGUUAUGUUGUGGUCCUCCCCGGUUUCUUAUAGACGGGUUUCUGUGCAAUGUCAUCGCAGGUAUGCGCGGGCAGCCUUAGAGCAGAAAGCGGAAAAUCAAGUGAAAUUUAUGGAUAUUUCAGCAAGUGUUUUUCUGAUUUUGAUGCAACAAAAGACAAUUUUUCAAUGAAAUGACAUUUCAUUGCUAUUGUGUCAGGGAGAGAUGUCAGGCCUGUUGAUGUCCCUAUUUCCUACGGUGCUUCUACUGAUUGCACAUACGCAUUGCGCAACAAAGUAGCUGACAGCGUGGACCAAAAACUCCAGGCCAGAGCGGUAGAGAAAGGCUAACCUGCUGUCAUGGAGAUGGACACAUCCUACGCACUAUUCAAAGCCACCAGGAGGGUCACGCUGAAGGAGGAAGAUAUGACUGUAGAAAAAAUUACAACCAGAGCUCUGUUACAACGUAAGAUUUUGGCGCUUAAAUCGCUCUGUCGCAUCUUUCGCUGUGGUAACUGUCGCUGAGGAUUAUAGGAAGGCCAAUGUGGCCUCCAUGCACAUAUUCUCAAAACAGGUGCACUCAAAAUCAAUAACUGUAAAUAAGAUUUAGUAUUUUGUUUUUGUUUCCUUCUCUAAUUUACAUUCUGUUUUGGGCUGAAAAUACGAAAACAAACACUACUUUUUAGUUAUACAGAAAAACAAAAUAUUUUUUUAUUUACUAGAUUUAAUGGAUUAAUUGAAUGGAUGGAUAAUACAUGGACCCUCGUUGCAUGGUUCUUCUGAAUAUGCGCUGAAUGCAGAAAUGCAUAUAAGUCAAUUUUUUCAUUUUGGUGGUCUCCCCUUGUGCAAUUUGAUACUUGGUAUUUUCUGUAUAAGCAACUUCAGUAGUUGUCUUCCUCAGUUCAUGUGCUCUGAAAUGCACUGUACUACCCACCAAACAUGGACGUCGAAGAGACGUGCAGAUCAAGUCAGUAUUGGGUCAGUCCGUCAAAGACCACAUCUAGACGUCAGUGUGACGUGCAAAAUAGGUUAGAAAUUUCGACGUCCAAAUUGGACCUUUUUUAGACGUCGCUCGACGUUAGAAUUUGGACGUCAUCUGAUGACCAAUUCUAGACGUCGGCACAACGUGCAAAAUGGAUCCAAGAUUUAGAUGUCAAUAUUGGACCCCUUUCAGACGUUAAAAUGACGUCCACAUUUGUACCUCAUUGUCAUUAAAUGACCUCAUUAAAUAGAUGUCAUUUCGACGAAGCAUUGCGUAGUGGGUAAAUAAAAACGGUGUAUUUAUGUUGAGGAUUUGAGUCUUUAAAGGUUUUUUUCUAAAAAAUAAAUUUGCUUGGUUUGAAUUUUAUAAAAGUGGGUCGCGACUUAAGGACCAUGGGAAAAUAUGGGUCCCAGAGUGAGACCAGUUGAGAACCACUGCUUUAAAAGACGUGGGCAGCAUUUACCAGACUGUAAAAGGCGCUGUCAAAAUGCAUUAUGGGAAAUGUAGGAUCUCGUGUUUUUGGAACGCUUUCUGCUCGUGCAAGGUGAUAACAGGAUAUCUCUUCGUCUCUGCAGCUUUGAUUUAUGCCAUUUUUACCCCGCCUCUGUUGUUGAUUUACAAGAGACAUGGCGCUAAAUCGUUGAAAUUGUUUAAUCCCAUUGAAUAGAAACACAACCAGAAUACCUUGUGGUGAAUGUGACAUGAACUAGCUACUGCAAAUGAGGGCAAGCAGGCGGUAUUCAUGUUUAGGGGCGGCACUUGUGUUAGCAGGCUGAAGUGUCGAGCCAACUGCAAGGCGGGCAAACGAACCGCUGUCGUCCUUCCCCGUUCAAACUCCACUGAGCAGCCGCUGAAUGUGGACCCUAAACCCGGAUAUAGAUGGAAAGAAGAGAAUGAACAGAGCUCUAUUUCCAGUCCGACAAGGGAGGAGAGUUUUCACGGGUUCAAACUAAAGGUGGAGGACGAAGAAGAAGAAACUUCAAACUUUUUUAUCUACCAGCCUGCGCGGAUGGGGGAUGGGCUGGAAUAAUACAACAGCAGCAGAGCAGAAGAAGCCGCAUGAACUCCCUAAUGGCUGGAUGAAGACAAACUACCGGCUGCGACAGCGAAAUAACAACCACGGUUCCGAUUAACUGAGGUGAGACAAGGAAGUGGGGUCGCGGAUAACAUUAAUUCCAUGAAACGUGAACGAACUGUGUUUCCUAUCACUGCAGAACAGGUUUAUCUGGACUGCUACUGUACUGAGAGCUGGUGUCUCUGUGUGAGUGUUGCUCUUCCUUGCCGUCACCUAUGAAUUAGUUUCACUCCAGUAGUGUAAGAGUAACACGGGUUUCUGUUGUGUUUGGCCCACAAAGCAAGGAUUAACUCCUCACAGUGGAAAAUGGCUCCCUAUUUAUCCAGCAUUGAAAUUAAUAAGUUACAGUGGCAGACAUGUGAUAGCCUCACCCCUGCUACUUCAGUGGUUAACCCCUGUCAUUAUCUGAGAUCUUUGUUUGUUUGCAGUCUUUCAUAAGAUAACAUUUAGCCUUACUGAAAUAUAGCUUAAGUGGCAUUGCUUCAAUUCAUAUGCGACUGGAUUAAUUUAGACAUUUUAACCCCCCUGUCUUAAUGUCCUUAUGUAACCUAAACCUUAAGGUGGGGUAACAGAGGUGUGGUCAAACAGGUGUGUGUGUGUGUGUGUCAACUUGGUUGCGGUGUCUUCAACUGAGACCUAACUUGUGAGCUCACCUAUUUACUAGAGAUGCACCGAUCCAUUUUUUCCCUAUCUAAUCCGAUACCGAUACCUGGGCUGAACGUAGAUACCGAUCCAAUGCUACUGUUAAAUGAAUGAACUGCAUAUCUUGCACUGAGUGAAGGCAUGAAGCUUGACAUUAGCCUUGUUUAAAAAAAGGUGAAAAAUUAACACAGAUAUAAAUUUACUUAAUAUUAUAUUCUAACAAAUAACAAAUUGCACAAAGCAAAAAGAAGUAAGACUUCCAUGCAAACAUUUAGUGCAAAAGGAUAGAAAGACAUAGGAUAUAGAGUGAAUAUGGAUUGGAAUGUUAGAUCGGCAUCAUACAUCAGAUAUCUGAUCCAGUUAAUUUGUCAAUAUUGGAGCUGAUAUCUGAUCCAAAUAUCAGAUCAUGGUGCAUAAGGUGCAUCCUUAGUAUUUACAUUUACAUUCCUCCCUAAACCACUGACAACAGCGACCUUUGGUUACAAAGUUUCUUAAGACAAACCUUUUAUCAGGCUGACUAAUUGACAUUUAUUCCUUAAGGUUAACCAGUUCAUUACAAAAUGGGACCAUGUGUUUUUUGUGACAGUAAAAUUAAGAAUGGCUGUGCACAAGUCUUCUGCUUCUUUGGCACUUGGAGUUUCUUCUUUUACGUUUUUUGUCUUGACUGCAUACCUGAGCAUGCUUCAGUAAUGCUAUGACAACAAUAGGGAGGAUAUUGUGAGCUUUAGACUAAGACUGACUUCUCAGGUUGGACUAUGAUAGGAAUGUGAAGAGGCAUAUCAAUAUUAUUUCAAUAUAAUACAACUCCUAAAUGCCCUAAAACUCUCCUCAGGUCAUUGGAGUUGAGGUGGAACAGGAUUGCUGAAUUGGCAGAGUCUUGAGCAAAGAAAAAAAAAAAAAAGACACGUGCAGGGAUCAGAACUGACAACAUUGCAGCGAAGGGUUUCCUUCUGCUACAAAUACUCGUAAUAAUGCCUCAUUCAUGUCCAUGUGAGUUGAUGUCUCGCAUGCCAGACCAAUCGCAGCAUCUUGAAUGACGAUGUGGUUUGUUGAAGGGAACCUUUGUUUUCCAUUCCAAACCAUUCUUUCAGCUCUGCGCCUUCUUUGUAACCCUGGGAAGGACAGUUAUCUGUUUGUGCACAAUGCGUAACUACUCUAAACACACAAGUCGAGUGCUGGCAAAUGAUUGACUUCCUGCGUCCCCUCUGCUGACCUGAGAUCUGUUUGCAGUCACUCGUCUGGUGUUCAUAUUGAGUAUAACAGGGGGGAGGGAGCCCAGGUGCAAGGUGAGCUAGACAGGGGUAAAAGGGAGAAAGAAAGGAGAAUGUGCUGGUUUGCCAGGAAAACUGCCUUGGAGAGUAUCCUCAGGGGUUGGGGUCCAAGAGUCCGAAGACCUCUGACAGAAACCACAGCAUAGCACGCAGGCUGUGUCAGGCUGCCCUCUGACGAAGAAGCUUACGAGAGCAUCAGCAAGUCCUAAACUCACUUUUAUUUUGUAGGAGUGGAUGUAAAGGUUGUAUUUCCUCGCUGCCUUGCAUCACACUUAAAUCUUUGCAUGUAGGAAGUGGGAGGAGUGCAAUGGAGGAAAUGUUAAACUCCAUGCACCCUCACAAAACUCACGCCAGUGUUUUAGUAGAAACGGUAAAAGCAAGGGUCCACGUUCCCCUCCAGUAGUAUACCACAUCAGGGACAGGAUUUGUGUCUUCACAGGCUCUACUCUCCUGCAGAACAUAACACACUCUCACAUUACAUGUACAUGCCUGCUGUGUUGCAUAACUGGAUCAAAAGAGAAGCGACCGUCCCCCAAAAUAAAAAAGCUGUACGACUAAUGAGGACACGCAGUGGGAGUGAGAGAUACAGAGUAGGCCCAGUUUCUAUUAGCUGUCUUUUCAUCCUGUGGGUCACUCCUAAAAAUAAAGGCUUGCUCUUGUGCAUUAAGUGCUCUGAGGGAUAGAUAUUUAACAUUUUGGUCUGGUCUGCAGUCUGUUUCCUUGUAUUUAAAAGGUUUGUUUGUAAGUCGGGAUGUUAAUGAGUAAUUGAUGCAGGAUUAAGAGCCAGACCAAUCAAGACUGUCGUCAUUGACUCGGUACGUACCGUAUGACUUAUUAUUUAGCUAGAUAUGCCUCGGCUCUUAAUAAACUGCCAACAUAUUGUAAUGGUUAUUGAUUAAAUAAAGCCUUGUGGCCUUUGUCUUUAAUGUAAGCGUUUGCUGCUGAAGAUUUGUGAAGGGGUGAGGUUUUGAUUGCCUCCCUGUGGAGGUCCUUACAUGCCCCACCAAAUACAUCCACGGGCCAAUACUGAAAAAAAAUCAGGAAUCUCUAUCAUUUUGACUUGUUAAGUGAGUCGAAGGAAGAGCAUCAAGGAAGUUCACACAGUUUCUUGGUCAGAAACCAAUACAGACUUUUCAGAGCUUCCAGCAUUACCUAAUAUCAUUACCCAAUAUUCGGUACCCAUUCAAUGACAGUGUUUACCUAGUAAACAGUACGGCUCACUGUGUGGAAGAGACAAGUUUUCCUUCCAGCAUAAUUGUCAACAUUUGCAAGGAAGGGUUGCCUAGCAUAGAGACAUUUCAUAAGUCUUAUAUUGAUCUACUUGGAUCAGUAAGACCCAUAAACAAUAUCUGUACUACUUUAUUGCAUCUCUAGUCAGGACCAAACCCAAGGCCACAAGGGCGCCUUUAUGUGAGCCUCAUUAAUUCAUAAAUAACUGAUCAUCAGUGUUAUCUCUCUUUAUGGACUGAAUCACGUUGAUUCAGAUGUGACCUGGUUUUGCUCUUAUUCGUUUUCACCAACAUGAGAGAUGUUUCCAAUCAGGCCGGGCAAAUAAUCAUGUUUAAGUAACAAUUAUGCCACCCCCAGGAUGGUGAAAAUAUGUCAUUCAAAACUGAAUGAUAACUACCCUGCCGUGUUGCGCUCAUUUUUUUCCUGUAAAAGUGCAUGAAGCGCAUGCUCCUGUGCUCUGCCCCUCCCUUCAAACAACUCUCACUUUCACUUUACCAUCAGUCACACUGAUCAGGUUCAACAAAGCUCUGGAGCACAAUAAGGUUGCAAAUAAUGCAGAAGAUAAAUGUGGACUGAGUAUCCUCAACAAGUUGUGCCACGCUGUAAAAAUGACUACAAGUUAAAGUCUGGCAUUUAAUCUAGUGAGUUCUGUCAUCAAAAUUAUGACGUCAAAGCUCUUAAAAGUGAAGUGUAGAAUAAAUACAUGGUCUCUGUCAGUGAUACGACAGACAGGAAAACUUAGGUCAACUCAAAAGGUCAAACAGGGCUCUCAGUGGGUUUGAUUCAAGAGGUUAAGAUGCUCAGAUUUUUAAGAGUUUCCGUUUCUGUCAGGCUAAUGUCAAACCAGGAGUAUACAUGUUUUUAAUAAUCAUGUUCUUAAUUUCAAUCAUAAUAAACUGUGGGUAGGAUUUUUUCCAUUCAUGAGCAGCCCUCGUUUCCAGCACUUGUUCUGUUUUUAAUCUUUCACCAUGAGACCAACAGUUGAUGUUUAACCUCUGUGCCCGGACUUUAUUGAGGCUGUUGUGAUACAGUAUCCUGAUUCACCAGUAUCACAUUGCUUUAGAUUAAAAAAAAAACAGGACUACCCUUCCCUUCCCUUCCUCUAUUCAAGUAAGAACUUCCUUUAAAUAACUUUUAAAUAUCUGUAAACUGCGAAAUCGGGUCAUUCUCGAAGUGCUAGAGAUUGAUGAGUGUUUUGUAGGAGUUUGAUGAUAUUUUAGUCGACUGUAAACAUAGAUUACUCUUUAGCACAUUUGACUCUUCUCUAUUUUUGUAGUGAGGUGUGGUUGUAAAACCUCAUGGUGUCGUGCUACAGUAUUUAGAUGAAUCAUUUUAAUGUUGAGGAUGUGAAUAAGUAAAGCCUUUAGCGCUUCCACCUGUAAUACCAACAAUACUUUCUCUGCAGUACAGCUCUCAGCCGGCCCUCAGGUCGGUGGUUUUGUGACGAUGGGUAUUAAGAGGACUGUGUCUACUUAGCUGCUCUUUGUCUUGUCCCUCGACCCCUCCUCUCUCUCUCUCUCUCUCUUACCUCCUAUGUCAGACAGCCAAGUGGACGAGUCUGAAUGGCUGCUUCCGUGUGUGCUGUCUGCUCUAGGAGUGCUACGAUGUUGCUCAUGGUUACAGGCAGUCAGGCGGUGUCUGGUUACCUUACCUUGCAGCGUCACCCUGUUGUAUUGUUAACUCUUUGAGCAGAGACCUGGGUGGGGAGCUGGCAGGAGGCCUGGGGCAGGUUCUGUUUACUUUGAAUCCCUUUUAGGUUUCAGCAAGGGGCCCCAUAGUUCAGGGACCUGCAUCUUGUUUUUGCACCUGCCUAGAAUUUCUCCCUGCACUGAAACCGACUUAGGCCACAUUGUCUUUGUAGUCAUGGGUGUUUGUUUUUCCAUGGAGACUCCUAAGUUUGUUUGACAGAAUCCGGACUUUGAUCUCUCGUAGCUCGCAUUACAGGAAGCGUUGCCAGAAAUGGAUAAUAGAGCAGUAAGGUAGGAGUCAAUCCCGAAAAGGCGUGACAGUAAAAGACAUGAUAGGGAUAAUUAUGGAUAACGUUCUUCUCCUGCACUUCUUCUUCUUUUGUAGCCUAAUUAUGAUUAAGACUCAGUCGUACUGGGUCAUUUGAGUAAUAGUUCAGAUCAUCAUAUGCAGUGUCAGAGAUGAUUAUGGUUGGUUAUGAACAGAUUAAUCUAUGGACUCGGCAUAAAAAUAAAAGUACAGAAUCGUAAAAUUUUAAAUCACUUUUUACAACAAUACACAACUGUCAAAAAUAAUCUUCUAUAUCAGAGACUAAAGCAGGUCUUUUGGUGAUCCCAGUGCCUCUUUGUGUGAUCACAUGAGGCACCUAGCCAGCUUGUUUUUCUAGCUGCAUCUGCUUCUCUGUUUACCUAGCCGUGUGCUGCGAUGGCCCAGCUCGUUCCAGCAGCCUGGGCACAGAGGACGCUGUGCACAGCAGGCUAAUGAGAGCAUUGUUAAUGAGCAGGUCCAGGUGGAUUCAUACAUCAUCCCCCCGUGCUCCUGAGCAGCAACUGGAUUUACACACCUAUGACAAAUGGUCAUGCAUUGGAAGUUGUUGGAGGUCUUCCCUUUUUUAACCACACUGAAGACCCAUGUUGAAUUUAAUUAAUCUGUAUAAUUAAUUACCUGACGUGAGACAUUACUGGAUGUGUAAGACAGAUCUGUGAUGAACCAUCUGUUCCAGGGGUCAUUAAUCAGUCGAAAGAUUCGUUCAACCUUUCCUCUAUUCACGCCGGCUCACUGUGGCACAAACUGAAACACAUCCCGAGGAAUUAUGAGGGGAAAGCAGAGGGCUGGGUCCAAAACCUUACUGCCAUCUACAUUAACUAACCUGUAAAGUACCAAUUUAAAAACCUGCAGGGGUCUAAUAUGCUUGUUGAAAACCUAUUUUAGGCUGUUGUUGUUGUUGACCAGGUUUGUUUUGUUUGCUUUUUUCCAAUGCAGAAUAUAGUCGCUUUGAGUCCAAGAUCCACGACCUGAGGGAGCAGAUGAUGAACAGCAGCAUGAGCUCAGGAUCAGGCUCCCUGCGCACCAGUGAGAAACGCUCCCUCUAUGUCAGGUAGAGCUGUCACACAUACACACACACACGUCACUUGUCAUGCCUGCACUCACAACAUCAAAUUUUAAGACCUGUAGUCAAAAUAGCCCCUCUUGCAUCAUAAACCCCUACCAUCCCGCAGCAGGGACCAAAGCUUUAAUGCACAUGCUGUCAGUACAAAAGUAGGACUUUAAUUUUAAAGGUCAACUGAUGCAACAUGAAACGUAACAUUCUUCGAUUCAUACGGAAAACUUAAAUUGAGAGUAUGCUGUUGGUUCAUUAGCAUCAAAAGGGUGACGGACAGGCUGCCCCUGUUGUUGUUUCGUCGCCACGUUUGACAUCGAUUCUGCUUUGUUAAUGUAGAUUGACUGUAGGGCUUUGUCGAUGUGACCUGCGUUAUGACACUUUGGGCCGGUUGCCAAUCUGGACAGAGGCUCAUUUAGGAAUUAAAACAGGUGGCGUCCUUCUGCUCACAUAAAUGCAAUGAGUCGCAGAGGGCUCAGGGGGGUCAAGGUUAAAGGUGUGUGAUGUAAUAAAAAAAAAAAGAAGUCCAAGUGCUUCAGCAGAUUUCGACUAAAACACUCAUGCACACCACUUAACCUGAAGCCGAUAGCUGCAUUAAUGGAUUGAUGUGGUUUAUGUUAAACACAACUGACCAAAGUCGCUCAGCGGCCGAUUUCCUCCGACCUCGUGUGCAGGGGAGAAAGCGCAAACGAAUCACUCUGUGUCGCAGUUUGUGGUUCAAGUUAUUGCAGGAAAUGAAAGUGACUUCUGUGAUUGUUGUAAACUGAUCAAUACAACAACUGGAGUAAUCUUUGCUAUUUAAAAACAACAGCUAAUGUCAGCAUUCAGCACAUUAUUUUGUCAACUAAAUUUAAAUGUCAGCAAGGAAAUGGUUUUAAUGUAGAACACAGAGCUUGACACUAACUUUUUUCACAAGGAGCACAUGUGCUCCUAAAUUGAAAAAGUAAGGAGCACAUAAAGAACUUUAUAGGCACAAUGAAAAUUGAUCAGAUAAUGUUUGUCUUAUUGGUCGACACAAGUACUAUUUUUUUAAAUCAAUUUUGGGCUUUUCGGUCACAUGUCAUAGAAGCUAUUGAAGAAAAUGUUCAAAAUUUGCCUUUAAAUUUAACACAAAAAUGUAUGAGGACAAAUUAGGGAAAUAAAGAGGUGUGUCUUAUUGGUCGACAUAAGUUCUAUUAUUUUAAGUCAACUUUAGGUCAAUUGGUCACAUGACAUGGAAGCUAUUGAAGGAAAACAGCCUUUUCUGAGAACAUCAACCGGUAAUUUAUUGAUGGUCCCUAGUUCAACAUCCGACAUUGACAGCGAAGGUGCCGCGCAGAUUUAACCGCGCUGCUGUUGCUAUUACCAGUUAUGGAGAGUGAGAAGUCACUGAUAGAUCCACGUGGAUCCGAAUGUCCAUCGAAUAUCCAACCUAAAACUACCUUCACCGCAGUGUUUACAUGAAAAAACAUUUGUUGCCUCGGCUGAUUUUUUUUUUUAUGCGCAUGUGUGCCCCUAAAUACAUUUUACAAUUCGCACACAUCUAUUUUUUAGUCGCAAAUGCGAGUGAAAUGGUCGCACUGUCGAGCCCUGGAACAGUACCACUAUUAUUAUUAUUAUUAUUAUCAUUAUAUUGACAUCCAUAAGAUGCUGUCGAACAAGCUAAAGGUCCAGUGUUUUUUGAACUCCCUCUUAAUAAAAACCUGACCCCAUGUGCCUCUAGAUUUCCACUGUCGUUGUUUGAAUAAGAAAAUGUGAUUUGAUAUAAAUGAGUCAGAUUCAGUACAUCUAUAAGACUUGUCCCUGGAAACACAAUCUAACAGCAUCAAACAGCAUUUGAGCCUCCAAUCCAAGUCUUACAUCAUGGAAAGAAAGAAAUGGCCACUAGCUGAAAAUGGGUCUGAAUCAGAAGUACAUAGGUGUAAUCUUAUUGGACACCUGCGACAGAGAGAAGCAUUAUCUGGCCUGAAUCAUGCCUCUCUUAUAGACUGACUCCCACGAGGCAUGUAGAGCCUAGCCUGCUUCUAAGCGGGUGACUAAGCCCACAGUUAUGUUGGGAAAGCUGUCUAGUUAGCCGGCUGAUGCAGGAGCCGCCAUGUCCUCCCAGCCUCUGGAAUGUGGAGGCGUUAAGCCUCUAAGGUGCUCUCGAAAAAAUAACAGUCACAUGUGCGCACCUUCUUUCUGAAACACUGAGUAUGUGAAGGUGUGGAAACAUGGCUCAGGCUUUUUAAUUUACUUUUGAAAUAUUUUCCUUUCAUACCAACCAGCACAAAAGCUGCAAACAGAAUGCAUGAUGGUUAUUUUAGUCCUGUUUGCUAAGCCAGACAAAGUUACCCGUUUGCAGGAAUUCUCAGGCAGAUAACAAACAUUAAAUCCACCUCAUGUCUGUCCACGACAGCAUGGGUAAUGCCCUGUAGCUGUAGGCUUGUAGGUUAAGUGUCAGCCUGUAAAGCAGGUAUGAAUUCCUCGAGGAAGCUGCAAUGGAUUGACCUGUCUGACAAGUUGGAGUCACAUUCAGACAGACAAUAAACAGUAUGUGCUUGUGAUGGAAAGUAUGUGGCAACAGCAGUGAUAAAUGUCAAGUGGAAGUUUAAGGGUGGCAUGUUUUUAAAUCUUGUCUCGAAUCAGAAAUUAGUUCAGCUUGUGUUUCUGUGUUUUUUCUGUAGUGCACUUUUGACCGUCUGCUCCAUGCGUUUAUACAUUGAAGAAAGUUACCUGGUUUUUGCUCAAAGGCUACUUUAAAGACAGUCCAAUUUGUUAGUCCUUUAGAAACUUGCCCAAACUGAUAUUUCAGUAACUCGCAAGCUCAGGAGGAGAGGCCCUCUCCUGGUUGGCUUCAAAAUUUCAGGUUGAAUUACUUUGAAAGUGCUUUAACUUCACCCUUCAAAAGCUGUUUGAACCCUGUAUUAAGGAAAAAUUUACAAAGGCCAACCGUGUAAAGCAGGAAGUUCAUAGUAGCUGUUCUGUGCCAAGUGUGGACACAGUAGUUUGGUCCUGGCACAGGUCUGAAUGACUACACACAAUUCAAAAUAAAAAAGAAGGAAGUGGUGUAACCAAACCCUUUGUUUUUCUGUAGAGCUCUGUUUGACUAUGAUCGAACGAGGGACAGCUGCCUGCCCAGCCAAGGCCUGAGCUUCUCUUACGGUGAUAUCCUCCAUGUCAUAAAUGCUUCUGAUGACGAGUGGUGGCAGGCGAGGCUGGUCACGCCACAUGGAGAAAGUGAGCAGAUUGGGGUCAUUCCGAGCAAGAAAAGGUACGCUCACCCUCGAUUUGCCGGUGCACUGAUAUCAGACUUAGCCAGUGUGACUGCUAGCAUUCAUGCCCAGCCCAAACUCAUUCCCCCCCCUAUUUUUCUUUUUUCCCCAGAGUGGAGAAGAAGGAGCGGGCUAGGUUAAAAACAGUCAAGUUCCACGCCAGGACAGGCAUGAUUGAGUCCAACAGGGUAAGUGUAGAGGGACCAGCUGCUCCCUGCCCUGGUGCCAGAAAGGCUGCCUUCAGAGCUGCUGCUGGGCUCCCAGGGAGAUGGCCUACUUCCCCCCCAAAGUGUGGGAAAGAGACCAGCACCUGCUUACUGAAGCGAGCACAAAAACUUCUCGUAUUACUGUAUAGAUUACACAGAAGCUCUCUGCAGAGAGGAGCACCUUCUGUAACCUUCUCAGCUCAAUACACUUGUAAAUGUUAGCAUGUGUGAAUCUGAUGUGAUGUUUUCUGUUACAGUUGAUGGAAAUGCUAUGUUAUUCCAUUCAUUUUCACUCAUUAUCUGCUUCUCAUUAUCAUUUUGAUUCGACAUGUAUUCUUUGUUUACAUAUCAUUUGGUUCUGUUUGCAUGAGUGUUGGGGUAUCCUCAUUGAAACCCAUUCUGUUUUUUGUUUUCACCCUUUCAUUACCCCCCCACCCUCUCCUCCUGACCCACACGCUGACAAGCAGCCAGUCAAAGUAAAGCGCAAAAAAAGCUUCCUCUCUCGCAAGUUCCCGUUUUACAAGAGCAAGGAGAAUAUUGUGCAGGAUCUGGUGGAGCCUGAACGUGAGUACCAGCUGUGUGAUCGAUGGGGGGCGGUUGUUGCUCUCCCUCCUUUUCCCCUUCAUGCUUCAGUUCUGUCUCUCAGCUUCCAUCUCUCUGCUCAUCUUCGGGGAUGGUUUGUGUCAUGGCACCGCUCUCAUCCCUCUUUCACCCUCCCAGAGAGAAGUCCCACAAGCAGAGUCAGCAUCAGGCUGGAGAUGUGGGCUUCUCUCUGGUGUCUUGGCAUCUACAGGCUCCAGAGGAGUGACUAGCUGCGUGUACGAUGUGUUUGUGGCUGCAUUAACACUCAGGCCUCCUUACACUUUGAUGCUGCUCUUUGUAUAAGUCCUGAUCAAUUUCCCAGUCAGUCACUGACCCAAACAAGAGGAAUCUCAUUAACUGGACUGAAGCUGUAACACUUAACAGGUCAAAAAUCCUUUUUAAUGGGAUUUGGUUUGUGUAAUUGAAAGGCCGUGGCUUACUAUGAACAAAAUGGGGCUCAGGCUUAAUGAGCAGAGCACGAAGCCAUGUGUCAGUGGGCCAAGCAAGCACGACGACACAGCACUCCUCUCCUUCUCUGCCCUGACUUUCACUAACCUCUUCUUCUUCCUGUCUGCUCUCUUCUCUUGGUUUCUGCUCUCACCUGUCGGGACACCUAGGACUUCCCAGGGUUAAGCGAUGACUUUUAUGGAUCAAAGAGUUUGAGUAAGUGUGUGGUUGUACUGUGUCAAGCAGCUGCCCCAUGAGCUCAGAGAAAAAGAAAAUGCUUUGUCACUGCAAACCCAGCUGGGAAUGCUGAACCACACACAUGUAGAGGGACAGAACACACAAACACAGAGUUAAGGUAGCGCUCACAAAGAAAUCACAGCACUCGUUCACAGAUCAUAGAUACACAAAGAUAUAGAAUAUGCUUCGGAGACGGGGAGGGUUAGUUGGAUUAAUGGCCUGUGUGAGAACUCCACCGAUAUAUUGAUUCGUAGAUGUUGGCUUAUCACCGAUAAAUAUUGGCAUACAUGUGUUCUCUUGUGCACUGUUAGGAAAAUAUUCAACAGAAUAUACAAUUAAAGGGAUAUUCUGGCAUAAAUUAAUUUAGGAUCAAACACAUCGUAACACUGAGUUAGACACCCACUAGAUAGAUGAAUGUUGCUGACCGCUUGCUUCUCUAGUCAAACCAACUUUAGUAACUGCUGCGCGAUAGCAAUACACAGCAAUCUCAAGAGCCACUCAACCAAAACGCCACUCUAUAGCCACAAAUAAUGCUCUGAACAGAACCUUACUUCAUCAACAAUACAAAUAGGGUCCUAGCCACCAAGCAUGUUUUUAACUUUGUCUAAUUUCUUUAGCAAAGAGACUAAGCACAACUCACCCAAUCUCUUCCAGCAGCCGCUUGUUUGUGGCGAGACCUCAGGCCAGUCCAUCACAACUAUAGCGGGUUGACGCAGCUUAAGGAAGAGCAUUUAUGAUCAUUACUUUAUCAUUUCCUUGAAUUAAUAAUCACCAUAUUAAUCAUUUUGCACUGCAGACGCGGUAUUUCUCCUGCCUUGGCGUCUUGGUCUGAUUGCAUUUCCAUGAAGAAAUCAUCAUAAAUGUUCUUCCUUGAGCUGCGUCACCCCGCUGAGCAUUAUUUGUGGCUAUGGAGUGGCUUUUGGUUGAGCACAUGGCUCUCUGUAUUGCUGUUGUGGGGUCGUUACUAAAGUUGGUUUUAACUAGAGAAGCAAGUGGUCGGCAACAUUCAUCUCUCAAAGGGGGUGUCUAACUUGGUGUUACGGUGUGUUUGACCCUAACUUAAUUUUACGCUGGAAUAUCCCUUUAAUAAGAUUGAUUGAGAAAAAGACUAUUCUAGUCUGACUCCUUUGUGUACCUCUACACUGUCUGCAGCAUGGCAGCAGAGCAUCACAACAGAGUGAUAAUAUGAAGGACUGCAAAAUACAAUCUCUGCAGCAGUCUUGCUUUCCUAAGAAAUUAGUCGACUAAGCUCCUGAAGGUGGUCUGUUUGGUUUCAAAGUCCGAGCAAACUUGAUGUAGAGCAGGCCAUUUUUCACUCAUGCUGAAGACUUUUUUAUAAACAGCUGCAAUAUUUGGUGGUCUGUAACUGCUCUGUUUCAGAAACCCCUCAUCAGUAAGGCCCUAGGCUUUACAAUCAAAGUUGAGUUGAGUUUCAUCAGAUAAGAGUUGGAGUGUAUCUGUCACCAGAGCAGGCCUGGCUGAAAACCAUUUUUUCCUGGAGUUCCCCAGAGUCAGCCAGCCCCUGCCCCCCUUCUUUAUGUUUUCUGUGUCCCUGAUAUGAGAUCCGCUGCCAGCGGCACUGAUCUAGCAAUAGGAAACGUUGGUCGGGGAAUAGAGGGUCAUUUGGGACAUUGUCGCAGGAAGUACUUAAUUUCCUAUUGCUUGCACCCUAAAACCACUUCCCUAAUAUUACUCGAGCAUGGCUGUUGCACCAAGCAAGACUUCUGCUUUCUUUAUCCUCUUUUUUUAAUGGCCAAAUGUUGAGAACAGAGUGCCUCCCCCUCCCCUUCUUAGGCUGUUGAAGAAGGUGAAAUGAUUCCCACCCAUUAGAUUAAUAAGAAUUUGAAUUCAACAUUGUUUCUGCUAUAUUUCAAGUUAAACUGCAACCGGCUUUCUUUUGCUUUCACAGAAUGCCUGACAUCCAACACAAGUGACAGUGAAAGCAGUUCGAGUGAGUCACCUUCAUUUCUCUCUGUUUCUGGUUUGUUUAACACUGCCCACACGGAUGAUUAAUAUGGUAGAUCUUUAAAAAUUCACUUGUGAAAUGACACCUGUAAAUUAAUAUUCCUCCCAAGUGUUGCAUCGGCCGGUGCGGCUGAUUCUGUUUCUUAAAAUUAAGAUGAAAAUAUCUGAUGAAGUUUUGUGUGUGUUUUAUUACAGAGGGGCAAGAGGACACAAUUCUUUCCUAUGAACCGGUUAUCCGACAGGAAAGUGAGUGGAUCUUUCAUCAUCGAAAGAAUAAAGCACAUCAUGUAAAAGUAUACGUUUGAUUAUGUGUGGUCAUCUGCUCUCUUUGUCAUCCAUGCAGUCCACUACACACGGCCUGUGAUCAUACUGGGCCCAAUGAAGGACAGAGUAAAUGAUGACCUCAUCUCCGAGUUCCCCCACAAGUUUGGUUCCUGCGUACCCCGUGAGUUUACCGCAAUAUUAACAACAACAACAAAACCUGAUCCAGACAGCACUCUGAAUGUGAUCAGAUAUGACGUUUCUCCAUCCCUCUCUGCAGAUACAACACGUCCCAGGCGAGAAAACGAGAUGGACGGCCAGGACUACCACUUUGUGGGCUCAAGGGAGCAAAUGGAGAAAGACAUUCAGGAUAAUAAAUUUAUUGAGGCAGGGCAGUUCAACGAGAACCUGUAUGGGACAAGCAUCUUGUCUGUCAGAACUGUGGCUGAAAGGGUGGGUAUCAAGACUUGUUUUCCUGUAACCUUAUUAAUCAGAGAGCACUGUUAUUCCAUUGCAUUAUCAUAUAUUGAACAAGACUUUUCUUUGCUUUAAGGGGAAGCACUGCAUUCUGGAUGUGUCUGGGAAUGCCAUAAAACGACUGCAGCAAGCACAACUUUAUCCGAUUGCCAUCUUUAUUAAACCAAAAUCCAUUGAAGCCCUAAUGUAAGUUUGAGCUUUUCCACGUAUUUAAGUUAAGAAAUGUAGUGAAGUUGUGCCUGUGACUCUUUGAUAAACUAUUUUCUUUUUUGUUUUUUUCAGGGAAAUGAAUAAGAGGCAGACGUACGAGCAGGCCAAUAAAGUCUUUGACAAGGCAGUGAAGCUGGAGCAAGACUUUGGAGAGUAUUUCACGGGUUGGUCUCACCUGGAGUUUUUGUGUUUUCCUGUAUUUUUGAAUCCACAAGCGUGUUUUAAGGAACUUUAUCAAAAGAAAAGGAUAUUUUUUCACUUAAGCUGCAACAAUAAGCCUAUUGAGGGAUGAGUUAAUCAUGAAAAAAAUCAACUUCUUGAAUUUGAUGUGUUGCUGCUUUUCUUGUCAUAUAUGAUGCAAAUGUAGGGGUCUUUGGUUUGACAGUCAGAGAGUUUGAAGAUAUGACUUUAGGAUGAGAAAAAAGAAGUUAACUAAGGUGAAAUGGUGGCGAUAUGUCCCGUCCAUGCUGGCAAGGCAGUGCAGCUUUGUGUGCAUGUCUGAGUCGGUGAGUCUGUGUGUGUGGCCCUGUAUGUUAAUCAGCUGUGCCUCUUGUGCAAUACACCAGUAUUUAACCCUUUUGGGAUGUGGUGUGUUGCUACUGUUCCAGCAGUGCUGUGGAAGCUCAGUAAUCACGAGGAAGCAGUGGGUUUGCCUGCGCCUUUAACUACCAUCACUACCGUGAGCCGUACUCGACUGUUGUACAGGUUGCUGGCAAGAUGGUGAUAACAGAUGUUAUUUAAAGGAGCAACACAUCUGCAUAGAAACUGCACUUUGUUGCAUGCAAUGAAGAACAUCUUCACACGGGAACAUAGUUGAAACCCUUUUACCUCCAGGAGCUCACUUGAAACAGACUCAGUGAAACUAUGAGGAUUGUUUGGUGAUUGAUUUAUCAGUUGUAAUGGUUAUUAUAAUGAAACACUGCAGAUAAGCUUUUUUUGUCGUCCUAAAUUCAGAUGUAACUAACAGGUGUAUGUCUGCCUCUCCUCUUCCUCCAGCUAUUGUACAGGGUGACUCACUAGAGGAGAUCUACAACAAAAUCAAGCUAAUCAUCGAGGAGCAGUCUGGUCCCUACAUCUGGAUCCCCUCCUCAGAGAAGCUCUGAGCUCCCUGCCGUCCUCUCUGUAUCUGUGCAGAGCUCCCCUCCUGCCUCCCAGAGACCCCAUCUAAGCCCAAAAUAGCCCCCCCUCCUCACCUCCUUUUUGCAGAUAUGUUUCAUAUCAAGUUUUAGUGUCAUCAUUAUGUUACUCUCUAAAUGAAAAAGAAGUCUUAUCACCAUUACUGUGACUGUGCACACCCCUGCAUGAGUUCCUCAACAAAUCCAUUCAAGACUGGAAAUGCCAUUCCAAAGGAAUUUGUCAAAUGAAAACAAAAGGGAAGAGGAAUAAGUCCUUUUGUGAACUGAGACUGACUGAAGAUCAGAAUGUUAUACUGAAAUCUAGCGAGAGGCGAUGGGAUUCAAAAAGAAGUUGCAGGGAAACAAGAGACAAAUCAUACCAAGUUGGAACACUUUGUAAAUGUUCAUCAAGUCACAUUUAAAAAGACACGCAAGAUGAGAAGUGAAGACCAGUUGAGGUUUUUGUUUUUUCUUUUUUAAAAGACUGGAUAAAAUCGAGCCCUGCUGAUGGUACUGUUAAAAGAGUCAUCUCUCUUGUUUAUAAUGACUGAGGAAAUUAGUGGAGCCUACAAACUGGUGAUCUAUUUAUCACAAACCAGCUUGCUGUUUGGUCGUCUGCCAGUUGUCUGUGCUGCAGCUGAUAAAGACAUCUCGGGAGGCGGAUCAAGAGGAAGAAAAGUGUUGUGAAUCUCUACAUUUAUAUUAUAAAAUCACAAGAUAAAUGAUAAAAUCCCACUGAGAUUUUACUACAUAUUAAAACUUCACAUUUUACACUUCACUAGAGUUGUCCAUUUGGAGGGCUGUUAGAUUACUUUUUUUAGUUUUUUUUGUUUUGUUUAUUUCUUUGUGGGAUUUUUGCUUGUGGUUUUUAGCUGCUCUGUGUAAAGGAUGGGGGUAGAGAAGUGUAACUGGGCUCUCUGCAAAACACCAAACUGCCUUACAUCAAAUACAAAUUCUGUUUUGUGACUACCUGUUGUCUGUGAGGGAGGCUGCACACAAUUGAUGAGGAAAGAGAAGAAACAUUCUCAUCUUUUCUUACUUUUUUGUGUCCUCCAACUGCCGGGGGGCCUGACUUGAGUGCAAUAGCUAAAACAGACUCUCACCUCUGUGGGCGCCUUUUAUUCUCCUAGAUUUCCACCUUCCUUCCCAAAUUAGGCCAUUGGAUCAUAAUUUGGACAGCCAGAGCCUCCUAACUCAUGUUGAGCAGCAGACCCCCUAUUACACUCUCUGCCUUCCAAGAGGAUUCUCUUCUGAUUGAAUGGUCAUAUGGUACUGUCCUACUGCCACCCUGAUGGUGGCCUUAAAACGGGUAGAACAAGACAAUAAUUGUAUUGGAUGUCCUAACAAUUAAAAAGUCAAUAUAACCUGUUUUUGGAUUGUCCCCAUGUCCCCUUACCAAAAAUAACACUAAAGUUGGGUUUGAUUAAACCUGUAUGCUUUGUGUAUCUGUAAACGUAUGAAUUCUUAAUGAAUUUCUUGUUGGCAGGCGCAGAACCACUGUGUUGAGCUUUUUAAGUGAGUCUGGGGUGAGCUGGACCAGCUCAGGAAUCUCAAGUACAGAAACCAUUACCCCUGCUACUGAAAGGCCGUGUUUGGGCAAUGACACAGAGCGUUCAUAGCUGUCAAAUGUGAACAAACAAGUACUUGCAGUACUGUCACUUAUUUAAAGGUGUUCUCAACUAAAGGUGUAAUCAGGCUGUAUCACGUGUCUUCUCUUUUUUUGUGAGGUGGGGAGCUUGUUCAAGGCCAUCCGUGUUUUCAACUUUUGAGUUGGUUGUGUGGCAUCGCCAGGAUUGACCUGCUCCACCCUCUCACGCAGAUCUUGGCACUAUAUGUUUGCAAGUGCAUGUGAGAGGGCAGAAGAUGAAGAAGAAGUGGGAGGAGACAGAGGAGUACUUUUGCCCCUGAUCGUGAACAUUCGUGCUUUCCUUCUCGGCUUUUUGAAAAGUGAGAGGGAAGUUUUUUUCUUUUUUUCUUCUUUUUUUUUUUUUCCUUCUCAAGAGAGCCAGACCCAAAAGGAAAUGGUAACCACGACCUCUGGGUCCCCCUGCUCUCUCCCACCCACAGAGCACCUGUACCUGCAGGCAUUUUCUGAACAGGUGUGCCCACUUGCCAGGCACCACUGCUAAACCAGCUGUCAUAACCUGUGUCUAAACCAGAGUUCAGGGAAUAACCGAAGGGAACAGAGCCAUUUAUAAACUGCUUGCAGACUGUUUAAAAGGGUGCGGUAGCUGUACUAUGUAAAUAAGCCCCCAGCAGAUCCCCUUCACCUGUGCUUCAUGCAUGUGUGAAUCAAACUGCGACAAACAUGUUUUAUAGACUACAAAUGUCAGGUAAGUAAAGUCUGAGCAACUCUUGAGAUAUAAUUUCCAUACAAAUGUGCUGUAUUGUUGGUUUUCUCUUCAAAUGCCUAUUGGAAAACUUAACUAGUCAGUUGGGAAUUCAGUUCCUGAAAGUAGGGCCUAUCUACAUGUGAUUUCUUGUGGAACGUGUCUGGGUGUAUAGAUUUAAAAAGAUAUAUUGUAAAAAUAAUUAAACAGAGAUGCAGGCAGAAACCUACACAUUAUCACAGAAACCAGGAGCAAUGAUCAAUACAUCAUUAGAAGUUUAGCAUUGGUCCUCUCUGGUGUUUAGUUGAAAUACAGCUGACUGUUAACGAUGUGUGUGGUAUUCAUACCUCAGUCAGCCAUGUCAAAGCCCAAAGAACUUGAUUUCAUUUUACUCUUUCCAUUGAGGUUGUGCUAUAUAACGAAAUGGAACCUGAAUGCCUCUGUGUGUGUAUAAUUGAUGAGGGUCUUUGUUCUGAUGAGAGAAAUGACAUAUAUGCUUUUAUUUUUCGGGUUGGGGGGGCGGGGGGGUCAGGGUUCUUGUUUGUACUUUUGGGUGAUGAUGUUUCUGUUAUAGCACAUCUGUGCAGUAAGUGCUUGCAAACAUGAACCCUUUGAUUGUACAGUAGUUUCCUUCCUGUCACUGCAGGUGGUACAGCCUAUCAGGACACUUGGCCUCAUGGUCUUCCCUGUCCUAGUCAUGAGGGAACAUAGUCCUGCAACUUUUGUUUGGGUUUUAUUUUGGGACUUGACAAAAGUUUAUUUGUUUGAAAAUAAAAUAUGUGACUCAGUUAUGAUUUUGAUGUGCUUGUUAUUCUGCUCUAAGGAGAUGUAAUGGCUUUAUUAAUCUGUAACAAAAAGGAGGUCCCAGGCUGACAGUAAACAGGAACAGUUUAUCCGGAACAAUACUCCAAAACAGCAACUGGAAUAUUUUGUGAACCUUUUACCAUAAUGGUAACAACAUUAACAAACUGAUGGAACAGAGAGUUUUCCAGUCCUCACUCAGGAUAAGAUAUUGUCAGGAGGUUCUGUUACUCCUCCAUGAUGAGGUUCUUCUUAGCUUUGUCCAACCUGUCCAGGAUUUCGCUGUAGAGACCAGACAUCUGUUGGUAUAAAUUGAAAGGCAGGUGGGUAUAAUUCAGCAAACCUUUAUGUGUCAUUGGCCCUGGUCCCUGUCACAUUUACAUUACUAGCAGGAUGAUUCAUGCUCUGUCAUGUUCAAAACACCACCAUCUGCCUUAUUCCCCUUCCUUCUUCUCCACUAGCCCUGUACCUGUCUCUCGUAACUGUCCUGCAAGGAUCCCAGGUGUCGGACGAAGCUCAUGGCGAGGCCACACCACUUCUCAGCCUCUGGGUACUGGGCCAGACUGUACAGCAGUAUCCCUGUGUUCCACGCCCGUGUCAGCAACCAUAGAGUCUCCAUCUCUGGAAAGUCGUCUGGCUGCAGAGUGGAGCAGGAAGACAUUCAGAAGACACUUAAAAGGAGGCCACCUGGGUGCCUCACUCAAACCAAGCUUUUGGAGGGCAACGUAUUUUUGAGGGUGAAGCCUGUGAGUAACUUUCACACGUUCUUGCUCUACUGUAUGUUAACCUGUACUAUGAGUCUUUUACAGGCCGUAAACAAACCCAAAUGUCUAUCAUUUCCGAAGUUUCCUUCGCUUUUCACAACACUCUAAUCUCAGGCUUUCACUUUGAUCCAAAGAAUUCCACAGCUUUCGAGUAAUAAGUGAAUAUGAAAGGGGAAAUAAGCCCUGCCUCUAAAGCAGUGUAAUUUGCUGCCUCUUUCAGAGCUGCUGCUCACCGGCAGUGUGAUGACUUGUACAGCACAUUAACAUCCAAAUUGGCAGGAAGGGGGUGGUGUAGGAAGCAUCUGCUAAUUGAAGUGCGGCUGAAAGCCCAUUGAUAAAAAGAGGCUUCCAGAACAGCAGGCGAGCAUGGAGUGGAAAAGAAAGGGUUAAUUAUAUGGCAGGGAGCAGCUCUGAUGGAGGAAAGAGGUAGGAGCCAAGGGACUAGGAGCAUGUGAUUGGUGCUGACUCACUGCGGCUGCAAUGAUGGACAAGGCCUCCUCAUAGUAGUCCCACACCUCUUCCAGCACAUGGGCCUCUACCUCUGACACACCGCUUGGGAGGGACAGUUUGAUCAGGCUGUGAACACACUUGCUAAGACAGGAGCGUAAAAAAAAAGACACAGGAAGAAAGCCUUUUCAGCCUAAUGAGCACUUUGUGGGAAUGGAUCAGUGAUGAAAUGUCAUGGGUGUUUUCAUGCAGAGUACUGAUGGGUAUACCUGCAGCGGGCCAGGUCGGCCUGUGGUUGUUUCUUGUGCAGAGAGAGAGCGACUCUCAAGGCCUUCUUACACAGCAGAGGGAAGUGGGCAGGAGGCUCCAUAGCUAAAGCUGCAUGCAGAAAUAAAGAGAUGCCAGUGUGAUGACAUUUCCUCUUAGAGUGUUUCCGUUUCUUCACACGUUUCAGAGAUAAAUAACACUUUUUUUUUUUACCUGCAAUGGUUUCAAGCACCUUCACAUCAAUAUUUUCGAGCUCCAACACUGACUCAAGAACUGUCUCAACCUUGGGGUCAUUCAGUUUAGCACGGGCUUCAAACUCAUACAACAGCAGCAGUGUGUCUGUUGGGUCCAUGGGAAAGUUUCCUGGGGGUAAAUACUUGUUGAGAGUUAAUGUAAUCUCCAUUUUGAUUCAUAAGUGAAAAGUGCAGCUUAAAAUAUUUUAUUUACAUUUUUUUUCUAAUAUUGUAACAGAUACCUGAUGCCUUAAGGAUUUUCCAGAUUUCCCGGCAUAUCUGAAUGUGCUCCAGAGCCUGAAUGAGCGCGUCAGUCUGUGAAACCAGGCAGACUUAAUGAUAACAAGCAUUCUGGUUUCAUCAGCACCAUCUAGUGUUGGGUCCUCUCCAAAGACAGAGGGAUAAAAAUGAAACACCUACGCCGGCGCCAAUAAUGUGGUUAGUCACCUCUCUUCUCCACUGGUCUUGGUACAUUUCCAUCUAUGUGGAUGUAGUGCGUGCUAUAUGUGGGAGAUGGGUCAGAGCGUGUGGGUGGGCACACCUGGGCAGAGUGAGGAGACUUCCUGCAGAGCUCCAGAGAUGCAGCAGCAGCCAUUAACAGACAUGUCUUCUGUCCCAUGAGCAGGGUGCGAUCAGGAGGGCAGAGCUGGGAGAGCUAGAGAUUGACAUGCAUUCACAUUUUGCAGAGGAACCAGUCUUUGACAGCAGAGGAUGACUUGGAUACUUAUCAGAAGUGUUAUCAAUGAUGGGAGAGGCUUGUGAACUAAAAAUAGCGCAAAGAACAAAUCAAGUAUUUCUUCAGAUAAAGGAGCCCAUCCUCAAGUCUCAGUAAAACUACUGAGCAUCUUCAAGUUAACAAGUGUGAUCUCUGGCAUAGAUAGGUGUACUUUGAUCAAGUUUGAGCAUCCAGUUAACAAGUGAGGGAACAAAGGGUUAAAAAUCAAUGUGCAGUUACAGGUUUUCUAUUAUAGGUAAAGUCCAAAAGACUUAGUUCAAGGCUAACUAUUAAGAUGGGAUCACUGAGGGUCAUUGUUAUUCUUGAUCUUAAGUGAUGUGCUUAUUUUUUCUAAAGGAAAGGUAAAUCCUCGUACAGGCGAUAUUGAUCUACACCCAACAAUCUAUACCAUAGAUAUUGACUGAUGAACCUGACAAAGCGAAUUCGGGCACUUGCCUGGUAAGAGAGAACAAAGAAGUCCCUCAUUCUGUCAGGGCUGCUUUCACACUGCAGAGCUGAGUUCCAGGCUGAAACAAAGAUACACACGCACACUCACACAGACAAAGUGAAGGUGCAGCACGAUUUGAACUGAUAGCUAGCAAACCACGGCCCAUUGAAUGAACAAAGGAGAGAAAGAGUCUAAGUACCAAUCUUUCUGAACCAGUUAGCUUCCUCUGCCCGUUGCUCAGCAGUCAUGCGAGACUGGCAUGAAACUUUCUCCAGAGCUGCAUGAUCACAAACAUUAGUCAGGUUAUCGCUUAAAGCUGAUACUGCAGAGAAGAUACUUUCUCGUGUUGUUGCACAUGUACUCACCCAUUUUUAAAUAAGGCAGCAGAACAUCAACAUUUCUGCAACAUGAAAGUCUGAGGUUUAAUUUUUGUCAAAAGAAGCAUCAGCAAAACUUAAAAAUCGACCCCUAUCGUGUGCCUUCCCCUCCCCUCACCUGGUGUCAUCGCUUGAAUUUUCUAUUGUUGAGAGCACAAGUCGAACCAAACACCUGUAAAAAAGAUGAAUGGAGAAAGUGGUGCUGACCUCCUUUUUUCACCUACUAACUGUAUUAUCCGGAAACACACUUUCAGAGAGGAAGCAGGGGGAAUAUAGGUCAGUGGAUCAUAGAGGUGUCUGGAAAAACUGACUAGCUACAAUCUCUCAGCUCCUCAGACAUCUCUACAUAGAUAUCAGUACUGACUGUUGUCGCUUUACAUUCAAACCUUUAGCAUAAUAGUUGGAUUACACAGUCUCAGAGCAUGAACACUGGAUUAUUAAGCAGUAAAACAAGUUGUAAAUAGCACUUAUUCAGAAUAUUGUUCAAACGAAAACCAAAAUGUAGACCGUGUGUUUGUAAGCAUAGUCACUCUAAACAAGUCUUCUCGUGAAGCACACUGAAAUGCUUACAAACCUGAGAGCAGCCAGAACCUGAGCCUCAUCUUCAGAGUUGUUACACAAGCUCUCCAGUGCCUUCAUGGCAGUUUCCUGUUGUUCAUUCUGUCACAAUGAAUAUAUAUUCUUAUAAUGAAUACUAAUACCUAUUACUCAUGGCAGUUUUAAUAAAACGGUACACUCAAACAAGGACACCAACACAUUUCCAUUAAAAAAAAAAAAAAAAAAGUACAAACCUUUCCCUGAAAAAUGAUUGAAAGCUGCCUGCUGUCCAGCUGGCUGAGAGAAGCCCAAGAAAGGGAUUUCCCACCGAGCUGUUUGUUUUUUUCUUAUGCGCCAAUUUUAUAAAGCUUUGAUUAUUCACACAAAGAAGCUAACUGCUACUUUAAAACUGAAAAUCAACAUUUAUGUUUGUUUACUUUUUUGUUUGUGUGCAUAUUCUUGGGGAAAUGGUUUACAAUAAUGCUCCAUCUCUGACCCCAGCUCUUUGUUUUUAUCCAACAGAGUGUCCUGAACGCUGAGUAGUGAGUCCUGUGAUGAGCCGUACCUCUAGAGCAAUCUGAGCAGCCAGACUGAGGAGACUGAAAGCAGCGUUCUCAGAUACCAACAGUCUGUCCUCAGUGGACACAGGACACCUGGACAGAAGUCCCAUUGCAUUCACUGCCUCUGCAGCUGGCAAAAAUAAACAGCCUUUUAACCACAGAGAAUAUGCUGAAAAUAUAGCUGUGAUUAAAUACCAACACUACUAGUAAGUACACAAGCUUUUACUGUGUUUUAGAUACCUCUCUCCACAUUGUUCUCCUGCACUGCAAUCUUGUAAACACCGAACUGGGUGAAAAUGUUGUCGGGGUCACAUCUCUCUGCUUCUUUUAUCGCAUCUUUAGCCUGAAAAAUGCAUUUUUGAGCACAUACAACAUGUAUGAAAUAUACUGUUUACAAUAUAAAACUGUUCAAAAUAUGGAAGCGAUACUUUCUACAAAUACAAAUCCAUCUGCUGAUCUUUGGUGAGUUAUUUUUCUGACUUGCUCAGGGGCUUGAGUGUUUCACCUUCUCAUGCUGCUUGAGCUUCAGGAAACAGGAAGCUCUGUUCCUCUGAAGUUUUGCUGAGUUGGGUUCCAUCUGACCAGCUUUGAAGAAACUCAGUGAGUAGUUGUACCACUGGAGAGCCUCAGAGUAGUUGCCAACCUUGGAAGAAAUCCAGAUUACUGAGUAAAAUGUAAUUGAAAGCUGUGUGGAAAACAAACCUCUGCAUUGUAAAUAUCUGGACCACUGUAUGAGAGAAGUGGUGUGCCACAGUGCAGAGAUAAGGGACAACAAAGACACUGUAAGACAUCUGAGAAUGUUUUUUUAAUGAAACUAUAGGAUGCAAAGCAAUUCAAUGCAAACCCCCAAAAAUUGCACAGUCCACGUAGAUAGGUGAACUGUCAACAGCCAACUUGCAGCAAUGCAGCUGCAGCAGUGCUACUCAAAUGCUAUAAUGUGUAAAUAAUUAUUAUUAACUGUAUAAACAAGACUGUGUUUGUCAGACCUCAAAGUAUUUUGAUGCUUUGUCCCACAGUAUUACAUGAA